GCUAUGAGUUCCUUAGCGACAGAACUAAUAACGAACCAAAGAUUUACAAAAGUCUCACAGUCACAAGAAAUUAUGAAUUACACAGCGCUUUUAAAUGUUGUUUCAUAAGGCAGUUAUGCAAUGAAGCCUCAAUAGUUUGUAUUUGUUAAUUUGUGUUCUUUUUUUCUCAAAUCAAUCAUUUUAGACACCAUGCCUAUUAAAAUAGCUUAGACUAAAAAUCUUCUAUUCUAAAUUCUAGUCAUUAAUUAUUAAUAUUAAGAUUGUUUAAAAUAAUAAUAAUAAAAAUCAGACACUAGAGUAGUCAAUACUAUAGUUAAGCAUCGGUUUUCCAAACUUAUUGGGACCGCAGACCUGUUAACUUUUUGGAUUUUGGUGUGCAAUAUCCCAUUUAGAGAUGGCUUUAAUGAUUCUAUGCUGAUACCCAUCAGAAAUAAGAUUUUAAGAGAUAUGUUAAACAAUAUUUUUUCCGCCACCAAUGAAUGUAGGGUAGGUUGGUCAAAGAACGAAAUAAUUACAUCCCCAGCACAAAAAGACUACAGCGUGUUGUCACUAGGCUAAAUAUUAAUACAGCAAUUUCUAGUGAGCUAUUUAUGAAAACAGAAAGCAUUAGUAUGUAGUUGUAGACAACAGCGAAACAAUAGUGAGGUCAUUUUCAAAAAUAGAUGAAUGGUGAUUAGAAAGAAAUUAUAGGUAACUUUAUCUUUGCAGACAGGUUUUCUGUGAUAUAUAUGUAUAUGUAUAUAUAUAUAUAUAUAUAUAUAUUAAUUAGCAUGUUUGCAGAUUGCACUAUCCCAGUCUGGUCACUGCAUGUAGAAUACGUAUAAGGAUUUUACAAUGAUUUUGUGACUAGGUUUUGAUAUUUGCGACACAUGCCAUAUGCAUCGCUUGCAAUACAAAUAAAAAAACCAAGAUUGGGAUAGUUUGAAAACCAGCGAUUUGGAUAAUUGUACUUCAGAAAUUUGAUGCUCUUCUAUUUUUGUUGUUUUUAAUUAAAUCUUAACAUUUUUAUAUUCAUGAAUAGACACUUUAUAAAAAUGGUAUUGCAAGAAGUCCAAAAAAAACUUUUUCUUUCACCCAGCUAUUUGUACAGAGUCUGAGGUGAUUAAACACAAUGAGCUCAGUGGUAAACUGUAAGUAUUUUUUUUUAAAAUAUUUGAAAGUUCCUUUAGAGCUUACAUUAAAAAGGACCUCUUUUUGUUUUAUGAUUUUUUGGUUUUUGGCAGCUCAAUGUUAUUGUUCAUCUUAAGCUUUUUUUCUCAAGAUUGACAUAUUCACCUUAUACUCUUGGAGAUUACACCUUAAAGUUUUUAAAUCAAAGUCCAAUGUCAGUGCAUUCCUUUUUGGCAUUUCACAAGGAUAUAAAAUGACAUGAUAGACAGCUUGAAUUUACACAUAAAAUGAUUAUGGUACUUACUGGAGGUCUGCAUGACUAUAACUUAAAAAUGUACAGUAAUAGACAGUGCAGUCAUUACUACUUCUCUCUGUUGAGUUAGAUGUUAUGUUUUAAUUAUAAGUUUUAUCAGUGAAAUUGCUCUAAGGUCAAUGAUCAUAUCUAUUUUUUUUUAAAUAAUGUUUUACAACUUUUAGGGCAUUAAGUUUUUUGAAAAAGUGAUUGUAAAUUUUGUAAUCCUGCUACCAGCAUAAAAUAUAACUAAAUGGUAGGGCUUAGAAUGAAUUUAUUAAUUCUUUAAAUAUAUCCUUUAGCACCAAUAGUUUAAAUAUUGUUCUUUAUGUAUGAAUGAUUAUAUUAUAUAUAUUGACUUUUUACAUGUUUCUGUUCAAUAUAUAUUCAAAAUCUAUCAAUAAUUUUCCCUAAAGUUCCAUUAGAAAUCAAUAGCACUAGCCAGAAAAUAUCAUCACGAAAAUGGCACUCACGAACAUCGCCAGACUCAGCAUCAAAUUUUAUAAAUGACCGGGACACAUGGUAUGAUGUUCCUGAUCCGGCUAAAAAGGCAGUGAGCAUUUUGGAUGAGUGUGGGUCAUCUGUCAAAACAGUGACAGAGCUUGCACAGAAUAUUGAUAAGGAUCCUUAUAUAGAAGAUGAGGUUGGUAUUUAUGAAACAUAAAAAAAUUAUUACUUAACUGGUCAAAUUUUUUUUAAUCACUUCAAUAUUAAUUUAAUUUACCAUCUGUAGUCUAUGGCCCAUAUUCCCAAGUGUAAUGCAGGGCUAAAUAAUGAGAAACAGACAUGACUAAAACAGCCUUUUGCCAUUGUUGUAGAAUCACAUUUAAUACUUUUAUGUAUGGAUGCCUUCACUCCUGCUCUGUUUAUAUUAGUGGCAGAAAUAUAAUUUUUCCAUUGUCUGUAGCAUUGAAAAUAAUCAAUAAUUCUAGCAUUACCAUUGGGAUUUGUUUGGGAUUCAUUUCCAUUGAAAUAUUUAUUUGAAAUUAUUAUUAUAAAAACAGUUUGAUGACUUUGAUAAAUAUUUUUAUUCUAUGUGUUAAAAUGAUUUUCUCUGGUCCAGAACCGGACUCUGAGAGUGUGCCAGUAGUCCUUGUUUUGUUUUUUUUUAUAGUUUUUUAUUUUAUUUUUUCAUUUUUAAAAUUUGUUUUUUUCCAGUAGGCCUUGGGUAAUAAUAUGUAAUAUAAUAAUACUGGUACACUACUAGUCAUGGUGUUUUAAAACAAAUAAAUGUAAUAAAUAUUAAAAAGAUAAUUAGGAAUUUUCUCCCUGAUAAUAAUAAUAUAAUAUAAUGUAAAUAUAUAAUAAAAUAUAUAAUAAUAUGUAUAUAAUUAUAUAAUAUAAUUUAAAUUAAUUUAAAAUUUUAAUUUUAACCCUUUAUUAUCCUCUUCCCUACAGUUAAAUCCUAGCCUGCCAACUCUAACCUCCCUUAACUCUUCCCGCUUACAAAUUUUCCAGUAUCUCUUGCCUUCUCACAGCCCUGAUCAAUCUUCCUCUUGACAACCUCAACUCAGAAAAGAAAGAAAAAGCUAGAUAGAUCAACUUAAUUUGCACAAAUCGGAAUCAUCAUUUACUACAAUUUUUUUAUAUGGCCUCCAGUAUCAUCUCUCAUAUGCCCUUCUGUAUCAUCUCUCAUAUGCCCUUCUGUAUCAUCUCUCAUAUGCCCCUCUGUAUCAUCUCUUAUAUGCCCUUCUGUAUCAUUUAAAAUAGGAAUGAUUUUAUUUUAAAAUACAAUUUCCUGGACCAUGUACAAUCAUGUUUUUUUUUAAAUUUACACAUUUUUAAUUUAACAAAGUUCCCUUUUGUUGUUCUUUGCACUUGUAAUGGAAAGACAUAACACAGAGGUACAUUUGGCAAUCUGCCAACAGUGGGCAUUAAAUACAUUUUUCUUCUUUUUGAUCUCUGGAGCACUUUGUUUCCAUCCACUGAUGGAGUGCUGAGCUGGUUUGCGAUCUCGCUCCUUCUCACUCCUGAUUUAAAUUGAUCAUUUAACCAUUUGUAUUUUUAUGACAGGCUGAGCUGCAAUUCCUUUACUCAAAACCAAAAUGUUUCAUCAUCCUUGGAAAGCCAGGAUGUGGAAAAACUAAGUUGGCCAAAAAAUUAGCCCAGGAAUGGAAUUGUGAGCUGAUCAACUGUAAGUAAUAUAAAUAAAUUCUUCUUAUUUAAAGAUUCAUUACCAUCUAAUUAUUUUUUUAUUUUUAAAUUUUUUUAAAAAAUAACCUUGUUAUUCAGAAAUGUAUUAUUUUUUAUUUGCAGCAACCGACAUCAUUCUCCAAAACAUUGAACUUCAGACAGAAAUUGGUCUAAAAAGCAAAGAAUUGUUGCUGAAAGGACAAGCAGUAACAGAUGAGAUGGUGAUGAAAAUGAUUAUUGAAAAAGUGAACUCGCCAGAAGUUGCUCAUCAUGGUAUGAAUACCAAUUUUAAGAUGGUUGGACUGCAAUUUUAAGUAGAUCAAUGAGGCACAGACAAUUUGUGUAAAUAAAACAGUACAUUUAUAUUACCUUUAAUUAUCAUAUGACAAAAUCCAAAUUGAAACGUUUUGGCUAAUGCCUUCAUCAUUACAACAAGUAACAUUUAAGUAGAUUAAAUUUCACAUAAUAUACUCAUAACCUACCUACUACCAUUUAAAAAAAAUGAUAAAAAAGAAAAAGAAUGGGCACAAGCACCUCAUGAAAAUAAAAUCAGAAAUCUUCAUUAAUCUUUGAAUACCAAGAACAUUCCUUUAUCUAAUGUCACUGUGUCAUGCAUUAAGUGUCCAGCCUAACAAUGAAUUUAACCACUUUAAGAAAAAAAAAAGUAGAACCCCUAGAAAGAAAUAUUUCCAGCACAAAGAGGGUUAUGCACUUUCCUGGGAACAAAGACAGCUGUUUGGUGGUUCAUAUAAUGGGUAUAUAUAUGUAUGAUUGUGUCUCUAGUCUAUGUAUGAGGGAUAUUUCGUUAUUACUCUAUGAAUAUGGGAAUGUUCACAUAUCUGCAGAAAAUACUGAUCAUUAUUUGCCUCCUGUAAUUAGGAUAUGUCUUGGAUGACCUGCCUUGCCUAUCAGAAGAACUGAUGCCCAUAAAAGAACAAAUUGAAAUGAUUAAAAAUUGGAAGCUCACUCCUGAUUUCAUCAUCAACAUAAAGGUGGGUGCUUUUCAGUAAAAGUUAGAUCAGUUUUUAAAAUAAAAUGUAAAAUUUCUAAGGUAAGUCAGUGCUUAAUAAAGCAGUGGCUGCUUGGAAAGUAAUUCUUAAAAUUUUAUUUCAUUUUCUGUGCUUCUUAUAAUUUUUAAUUUUCAUUCUCACCCGUCACCAUAUCCUUAGCCUUAAAUAGUAGGCCUACUCUUCUCCUAAUAAUAUAGUUACAUGUGCCAAAAUCAAAUUUAACAAUUAAGCAUGUAAAAUAAAUCUCUUCUUUCUUUAAGUAAUGCUGUCAUCAGAUAAACAUAAAGGUUAAUACGUGAAGAUUAUUGACAUUACUCUAUAAACAAUAUAUAGGCUAAUAAAUGAAAUAUAAUUAGGGAAUAAACUUAAAAUUUAAAUCAUUAAAGUUAAACAUUUUUUACCAUUUUAAAUUUUUUAUCAUUGAGAAGAAAGUAACCAAAACUGCAAAACAUUUUCUUGAGAGCAUUUACAAUAGUCCUAGUUAUUCUCCUCUUUAGCUAAUAAUCAUAUUUCCAUAUAAUACACACCUUGCUGCAAGGCAUGUAAGUCUCAUUCCAAAAUGACGCUUAGGCUAAUCUAAAAAUAAUCACCUAAUUUUCAUAAUUGCAGAUUCCAGAUAAAGAUAUUGAAACUCGAAGAUUGGGGCAGAAGCUUGACCCUUUCAAUGGAGAAAUUUACCCUAAGGAACUUUAUGCUCCUGAAAAGAAAGUUUCAUUAGUAAGUUUUAUAGUGUGAAAUAAUAACUUCUCAAUAGAAAAGAAUAAUCUCAUAAUAUUUAUAUUGAAAUAAUUGCUUUUUGCAUGGCUUAUCUCAUUCCGAUGUCCUGAAAAGGUAGUUUUUAAAAAAAAACAUCUUAAAAUCCUAACUCUAAAAAAUAUAUUUAACAAGUUAAUGUCUCAGUAUAACUAUAAGUGCUGUGCACUCCUUUUUUGUGCUCCCCCAACUAUAUUUUCAGAAAGUGGUAAAACACGUAUUUUCUUAUUUAAAAAAAAAUAAUUUAUCUACCAAUUUUCACCAAUCUUUAGCCUUCGAGAUAUAAGUAUCCUCAUAAAAUACUACUCAUGCCCCUCACACACACACACAGAGACUUCCACCACCCACCACCCCCCAAACCAACCCUGAACUGUGUUUUUGAAAAUGAUAAAGAUUUUAUUUCAUUAGUUGAAAAGAUGAAUCUAAAUACCAAAUUUUACACCCGUAAAAUUCUCCAAUUUGUUAUUUAUAUAUUAUCAUAACAUUAUAAUGUACCCCCUUUCUUUAAAGCCUUUAAAAUAUAUUUUUGUAAAUGGUAAAACCUGUAUUUCCUUAUUUAUUAAGAAGAAUCUAAAUGCUGAUUAUGAGGACUGUAACAUGUUCAGUUUGGAGAUAUAUUUUCACAUGGGCAUCCUCUUCUACAAGCACUCACCCACUUCUUCCCCCCCCCCAACUAUAUAUAUAAAAUACAUUAUUUCGUAAAAAUGAAUCUUAAUACUAAUUAAAUGGUAAAACCUGUAUUUCCUUAUUUAUUAAGAAGAAUCUAACUGCUGAUUAUGAGGACUGUAACAUGUUCAGUUUGGAGAUAUAUUUUCACAUGGGCAUCCUCUUCUACAAUCCCUCACCCACUUCUUCCCCCCCCCCCCAACUAUAUAUAUAAAAUACAUUAUUUCGUAAAAAUGAAUCUUAAUACUAAUUUUUAUCUCUGUAACAUUUUAGAUUUUUAAAAUAAAUAGAUCCUCAUUAAAUGUACUCCCUCUCCAAAAUUUUGUUUAGCCCGCCUGAUUUGUAUUUUUUUGGAAAACAGUAAAACAUGACUUUCCUUUUUAUUAAAGAAGAAUCUAUUCACUAAAUUUUAGACUUACAUUUUUUGUUUUAUUUUUAUAUAUAAAUGGAUCCUAACAAAUUUAUUUUAUUUAAGGAAUAUUGAAGGGUAAAACAGGCACAUUUUAUGUUGUUCUAAGUAAACAAGCUAUGAUGUCAUAGGUUGCUUUAAUUUAUUCUUUACUUCGGCAGAGUAUUGUGUUUCAAUUAAAAUAAUUUUCUCAGAUAUCACGAAUGUCUUUGGUUUACAAGGGAAUAGUUUUUAUAGUUUUAAUUUUAGUUUGGAAUUUCUCUGAUUUGGAAUUUUUUAAUUAUUGGGAACUGCUUCUAUGGUCACUUAAAUAAUUGUUUGAUCUUAUUACCAUAAUAAUUCUUGUGAUCUGCUCUAAUGGUGAUGUGAAAAUGUGGGCAAAAAUAUCAUAAAUUGACAGGUUCAUUAUUUUAUAGAAAAGUAAUACACUUUUAUUUUAAAAGGUGAGGUGAUGAAACAAACUGUUCAUUAAUUUCCUAGCAUUCAGCUUCAAAAAGAACAAUUUUAAGUCUUAAUUUUCUUCUCUAGCCAGUGGACAGCUCACCCCCAGUAAGUUGGACUGUAUUAAAUUUUUAGUUGAUCUUCUAAGUUAUAAUCAAUUUUUGGGGGAGAAUUGUAUUCUUUUGCCAGGACUGGCUCUAAUGUAAAAAUGUGCUACAACUUUAUUUUUUAAAUUUUGCCUAUUGAAUUCUCUACAAUAUUGUUCAAAUGAUUAAUAAUAAAACUUUACCCAUUUGUGUAUCUGAUACAUUUAAAAAACAAAAUUUAAAAUGUUUAUUAGUGAAAAAGUAAGUAAAUAAAUAGUGGAACAAAAUAUGUUAUAUCAAAAAGUAAUUAUAAGGUAUGAGCUACUUACCAGUUAGGAAGGUUUUAUUUUCACACAAAACCUUUGUUUUAUUAUUGAAAGUGAUGCACUUUUCAGCAAGUUGUCUCAGAAGAACUAGCUUCAGUAGUAAGUUCAAAGUUUACAAAAAUUAUAAUUUGUUGAUUUUUAUGUUCUGUUUACUUUUGAUAAACAUUAAUUUUUCAAUGACCAGGACAUUUCACCGUAUUGCUAGUCUUUUUGUCGGCAUAAAAAAGUUUUAAUGUUAGUAAGUAAUGACUAAGACUUUUUUUUUUGCAGUUGAAGUACCAAAAACUUGAGAAAUACAUUGUUUUGUUUUUUUUAAACUUAUAAAUUAUUUUAUAUUUUUAAAAUAAUGCAACCUUCUUAAAAAAUUGGUUGCAAUGGUCCUCAGUUAUCCCACAUUACAGCCUCCAAGAUGUUUAAAAAAAAUUAAUUACACAGUGGAACUUUAAAAAAUACUAUUAACCUCUAAACUUUUAAACAAAAUUUAUUUUAAUGCCAGCUUGUUCUAUGGUGGCUGUGCCAACCCUCUUAACACAUUACACUUUGCUGCCAAUAAAUUUUAAAAAAAAAUUUAUAUUAAAACUUAAAUAAUUUUAUUUCAUGAUUUUAAAGAAAAUCAUUGUGUUUGAAGUGGUAGUCAAAUAAGUGUCAGUAAUCAAAUUUAGUAUUUGAUGUUAACAUUGCAAGAAAUAAUUAAAUAUCCUUAGCAUGCUAAAAUGCUUGUGUGGACUUGUGGAAGCAUAAUUGGUGCACAUUUCUACAUUUUAAGUUAUGCACCUAGUGUUCAGCUUUAUUGAGUUUAUUUUUUCUUACAAGCAUUUCAAGAUGUUUAUAUUUAUGUAAGCUGCAUCUCUCCCACUGGCAGCGUUGUUGGUUAUGGACCAGUGAAGAUGUCUUGAAAUUUAGCUUCUUCAAAAGUUAGAUACUCUCUCACAAACAAAUUUAUAAAUUACACUCCAUGAAACUGCAAGAAUUUAAAGUUGAUCUAUUUAAAAUAGAAAACAACCAAGAAUAUUUUCUGAAGGCAAUGCCUCUAGCAGAGAAACUAGAAAUCCAACUUAUAUAUUAUUGAAAAUUUGUGGGGUUUUUUUUAGUUAAUUUAUUUGUCCUAUUUUAGGCAUUGCCCUGCGUUUCUUAUUUGUCCUUUUUUAGGCAUUGAUGUUUCUUAUUUGCUUUUUCAUAAACCUGAUUACAGUCUUAUAAAACUUACAUAUUGAAGGAAAGGGAAACAAUGUCUUUGAAGGAGGAAAUAUGUUAUUAAAAAUAGUUAGAUAAAAUGCAGACAGUUUUAUAGUCAUGUGCCACUUUCACAUUUUUUUAUUUAUAGUUUACUCAAGUUCUACAAAUAUGCUUUUAUUAUUUUUUCUGUAAUACUUUUAUUCCAACUAUGCUUUUAUUAGUCUUUUCUUGGAUAUUUUUAUUUGAUUCUCAAAUUUCAUUGUUUACAGGAGCCAACAAAAGAGACCAAAACUGAAGACGAUGAAGAAACAGAACAAGCAGCAGAAGAAGAAGACACAGAAGAAGAAGAAGAAUUGGCAAUAGUAAGUUUUUUCCAGCUUUUGGGAAGAACUCUUUUUUGCUGAAUAAACAUCUCUAGAAUAAUCUUCUCAUUAUGCGUUUUUUAAUGUACAUUUUUGUUUCAUAUUCAGAAUCGAGAGCUUGCAGUGGAGAUUAUUCAGCGUUUAAUAAAAAGACCAGAAGAUAUGCCAGCACAGGUGUCUGCCAGCAUAAAUGCUUACAAGAACAAGAUGCUAAGAAUCCUUGAGGUAAAUUUGAAAGCAAGCUUAUUAAAUUAUAAAAUUGCCAAUAUCGUCCUCUGUUUAAAAGAAGACAUGCCCAAAAAAACCCAGUUAUAUUUCACAUGCACUAGCUUUAGCUUAAUUUCAUUUACGACAUGCUCUGGAUUAACUACCACAAGCAGUUGACAGAAUUACCAGCUUGAACAUUUUCUAAAUUCAUUAUUAGCCUUUGAAGCACAAAAAGUAUAAAUCUUAGGUUUUUUUUCCUCUUUAACAAAUGUAAUGUUCUUUUCUGGCUUAAGGGGAUAGAUUCUACUGCAUCACGUUUUUUUAAUUAGAAAGUUAAUGAGUAAAUAUUAGUUAUUUUUACUGUCCUCAAGAUAUAAAUGGAAACAUGAGUCAGCCUGGUCAAAGAAAGCUCAUUAGCCUUUAUUUUGGAUCCACAAUAAGAUGACAAGGGGCCAAAGUAAUAGGGUGAGGGGUACUACAAAAAUUAAUAGAAAGAUUAACCAAUUUAAAAGGAUUAAACGUUAAUUAAUUUCUAUUGUUUUCUAAGAAAUAAAUGAUACUUGUGCCCACCCACAACUCACCACAGAAGAUAACUAUCCACAUUAGUGAUUAUCUUCUAUUGAAAAUAUUUGGUAAAUUUGUCAGUUUUCUAUAAAAAUGAGACGAAAGGUUAACCAUAAUAACAUGGCUAUCUCAACAUUCUUUCAAUGUAACAUGAAAUAUAAUUAGUUCAGGAACAACAGUACAAAGUUGAAGUAUUUGUUUGCCCCAUGCUAAGUUCUAAGCCAUACUCUAUACUUAGUAACACUAUUUUCCUGACCAUAUAAGGCCAGUGCUCUAUGCCACAAUAAUACAUUUCUUUAAAGUAUUAGUUGGAGUUUGGAUAACCAGGAUUUCGGAUAAAUGACUUUUAAAUAAUCAAUGUUUUACUGCAUUUGGGUGAAAUUGUGAUUAGUCAUCUAUUUAAAGUUUGGCUUGUAAGAUCUCAUGAUUGAUGUGUCAUACAAAUCUAAUGUUUGCUGUAAUAUGUAAUCCACUCCAAGGAAUAUAUGGGAGAUCAUGAUCAACAAUAUCUGAUAGAAUUGGAUGGAAAUCAGCCUCAGAUAUCUCUUAUUGAGGUAAAUUGUUUAAUUUUCUUUUAUUUGUUUAAAUGAAUAACUCAGAAACAGUGUAACAGUUAGGCUAAUUUAAAUAUUUUCUCUGAUAUGUAAUUUAUGAAAUGUUUCAUUUAAUUAAGCAAUGUUCAUUUUAUUUUUAUUUUAUAUUUUCAGCAACUUUUACAGAAGUUUCAGACAUUCAAUUUGCAGCCUGCUGCUGUUGUCAGAAGGUUGUUAGAUUCUGAAGAUGAAGAGCUGCCUGAGGACAUUGAGACGGAUGAGCUCAUGAGAUUUCUGGCUCCAAAACAGAUGGUUGCCCCAAGGUAUCGCUGGCGACGCAGUAGAUGGCUACAGUAUUGUCCAGUUUCACUAUGGGAAGGCAAUUUAACUCUUGGGAAACCAGAGUUUGCAGUCAGGUAAGUGUAUAGCACUUAUUUUUCACAUUUUAAAAAGGGUUGGCUGAUUGUCCAGAUGUCUAGAUUAUCCUGGUUAUUAGUCACCUCUUAAAAUCCAUUUGCUUGAACUGGGAAGUAUAGAGCACCAUCCCCUACCCACCACCUGCUUGGGGGUCAAAGGCAAAGAGGGGAGUAAGAGGGACAUGAAUGACAGUCCUGCUACUUGAGUUAACUAUCUAAAGAGAAUUCUGAAAUUGGAUGUUAUGGGACAUGAUGUUAUUAUAUAAAAUCUCUGCAUAUCAUGAUACAUCAUGAAAAUGUUCACAGCAACUAGAAAUUAAAUGCCAAAGAACAUCUUUCCUCAACUGUAAACUCAACAUUUUGGAAAUUAAUUUGUUUAAUCCCGCAGCAUUUUGUAGACAAGAAUAUUUUCUUAAAAAUUUGAUAAAUGAUUUCAGUUUCUUGGACAAGAUGUAUGUUUUAUCAAGUGUGGAAGCAAUGGAGAAAUUCAUUAAAAAUCCAAGACCUUACCUCCUUCCACCUCAACCUCGACCCCCUUGUAAGCUCUCAGUUAUUGGUGGUCCUUUCAGUGGAAAGACAACUCUGUGUAACUUACUAGCUCAAAAAUAUGGAGCAAAGGUAUGGAACUUAUUGUGUUCUCCUUUACAUUUCAUUCAUGAAGGGAAUAAGUUGGAAAUAGACCAGAAAAUCUUUUUGUAAAUAAAUAAAUUUACGACACAAGUUCAAUAAUUUUUAACACUUGUUUACAUUUAAGUUGACCAAAUCGUUUAUUUAUUUUAAAUUUAAAAUUUGUCUCAAAUCUUCACUUUAUAAUUUUAAUAGUAAAGACUAAUGUGUCUAUGUUUGCUAAUGCAGGCCAACACAACCCACACAGAAUAAUUAUAAUAAUUUAAGCUUUGAUUCACCCAGGCUUUUUAUUUUUUUUUUUUUUUUUUUUUUUUUUUUUUUUUUUUUUUUUGUUUUUUUUUUGGUAAGAGAUCAAUGAUUCAUUUGUAUUUGAGCAGAUAUUUGAUGUCAGUGAACUCAGCAAAACGGUAAAAGAAGCAAAGAAAAAAGAAUACAUUGAAAAUGUGAGGAGGGAGGUUACUGAUGCAGCUAUUCAGCAAGUGAAAGCCAAAUACAAAGAGAGAAUGGAAGCUGAAGCUGCAGCCAAAGAAGAAGGUAAAUUAAAAAAAGAUUUAAGUUAUUAUUUAAUUAAAAGGAAUCAGUCCUUGAUCCAUGAAGGUACUUCUAAGUUCUUGCCUAGCAUCAUUGCUUAAAGGAUUCAAAGAUAUAUAUUAUAUGUUAUUUCACAUAGUUUACUGCUGUUUCAUACAUUUUCUCUAAUUCAGUGGAUGAGUGGAUGGUUGCCCAGUGAUGAGUCUCAAUUCCAUGGCAUAGAGUUCAAACUCUUAUAAUAUCCAGACAAGCAAGCAGUACUGGCACUCCAGGAGGAUGGGACUCAUCAAUCCCAUUAAGAGAAGGGGUGAAACAGCCAUUGGCUUGUGGCUACAUAUGAAGACAACCCCUACGGAAAAAUCUGGAGAUAGUUGCCACUUAAAGCUCUCCUGGGUUCACCAGCUGCCAAUUACUGCUCUCAUGGGUUCACCAGCUGCCAUUUGAUGCUCUUCUGGGUUCACCAAUAGCCACUUGAUUCCCUCCUGGGUUCACCAAUUGCCACUUGAUUCUCUCCUGUGUUCACCAAUGGUCACUUGAUUCUCUCCUGGGUUCACCAAUUGCCACUUGAUUUUCUCCUGGGUUCACCUAUUGCCACUUGAUUCUAUCCUGGGUUCACCAGCUCCCACUUGAUGUUCUCCACAAGGUUACAUUCUCUUCCUUGUCCUGUAUACAAUGUAUACCAGUGAUAUCCAGAGCCCAAGCCACACCAUUCCAAUCACUGAAUUUGCAGAUGACGGCACAAUCAUUGGCUUAAUAUUUGAAGGCGAAAUUUUAUACUUAGUUAAAAGUUUUAUGGUUGUAGAUUUUAUGACGGGGAAUCACCAAAUAGCAGAUCUAACAAAUAUAGCAGGUAGAGAUAUAGAGGUACCUUUGUGUCACCAUUAAUAGUAAGCUAACCUGGCAUGACCAGGGCCUAAUUCUAUAUUAAAAAGUUAACCAAAGACAUUUCUUUCUUUAAAAAAUAAACAAUUUUGGUAUUAGCAGGCAAAUUAUUAACAUAUUAUUGGGUGAAAAAAUUGGAAGCAAACUGAUCUUUAGUGUUACCUGCUGGUGUGGGAAUUCACAGCUUCUUAUUAAACACAGAUUAAAUAGAUUUAUCAAGAAAGAAAUUAAUGCCAUUUAAGCAAAACUACCUUCACACGAAAAACUGUUUGAAACAAAAGGUAUUUGUAAAACUAAUACAUCCCACCCUCUUCUUCACAUAUGCCUCAGGUCAGGUCCAUCAGGGCAAAUUCUUUCCUUCAGAGUUUGGACCGAAAGAAAUAGAAAUUAAUUUCUUCCCCUUUCUAUCAGAAUUUAUCAGCAUGGUCCCCUGGCUGUUACAGAAUCUAAAUCAUCACUUUUAAAGUCAAUAUGGUUAUUAAUUGAGUGAUUAAUUGGCAUCUGACAGAUGAUUUUAGUGCUUGAGAAAUAAGUUAGAUCUUUUGUCUUUAAAUUGUUCUAGUUUAAAAAUGUUUGUCUUGGUAAGAAUAUUUACGUAAAGGAUUAUGUGCAAUGUAAUCAUAAAACAUUUCCAUUUAUUUGGAUCAAUAAAAGAAUCUUAUCUUAUCUUAAGAAAAUCCCAGGUCUUUUGAUUUUCACAACUUCAAGCGAAAACCACACCAUCAUCUCCCUGAGACUGACAAGUGCCAAAAGCAAAUAAAUUUUGUCUUAUGGAAACAAUAGAUGUAAUAAAACCAAUAGAGAACAAACAUGGCACAAUAGACACUAUCACUUUACUUAAACACUUGGAAAUAAGACACAACAGAUCUGAUGCCAUCAGACAAAAAUGUUCUAUAUGUGGCACAAAUUAAAUGUGUAUACAUUUAAGAGUGAUGAUGCACCUUUUUGGAUCAAUAUGUAAAAAUAAUUAAUUGGUAAAUGCUUAAAUGACUUUGCCGGCAUAUCACCCCUUCCCAUUUAUUGUGUUCUAAUGUACCAUUUCUUUAAAAAUAUAGCAGACUGUGUUCUAUAACUCUCUCUAAUAUUUCACAGAGCGUAAAGCCAGAUUGGCUGUGGAGACAGCAAAGCGGGAAUUAGGUAUGUAAAAGAGUAAUCAAAUUUGUUCAAAAUAAAGCAGAUGUUCAGUUUUAAAAAAAAACUUUAGCUAUAUAAGAGAAAUGCUGGUCUGUUUUUUAAAAAAAAGAAUUCAUGUUUUCUGCAGAAAUGCGCACCAUAAAGGAAACUGAACACAUCUCUCAGUUGGGUAAAAGAUUUUUCCAUCAACAGGACAAAUUGAAAUUUACAGUAUUCCUUUACCCAUUGAUUAUUAUUAUUGUUGUUUGGAAACUUUUGUUUAAUUUUUUUAUUAUUUUUUAAUUAUUUUUUUAAUUAUCUCAUUAACUUAUAUUUACCAACAAAUGUUUUUACAGCUAUUUUAUAACUUACUGGAUGGAACUUUCUAGUUGCUAUUAAAAAAAAUUAUUGUUUUAUAAAUGCUAAAAUCAUUGAUUAAAUUUGGAGGAAAAGAACUACACACUCAGAUACAUAAACUUAUAACUAAAAUUUGCCAAGAAGAGAAAAUUCCAACAGAAUGGGAAACAGCAUUAAUAACCCCAAUACACAAGAAAGGCUCCAAACUUCAGUGCACAAACUACAGAGGAAUCUCCCUAUUAAAUGUUACAUACAAAAUAUUGACAAAGCUUAUUGCCAAAAGAUUACAACCUUACACUGAAGAAAUACUAGGUGAUUACCAAUGUGGAUUAAGGCCUAACAGAUCAACGACUGAUCAGAUUUUCACCAUCAGAUGCCUACUAGAGAAAAGCUAUGAAUAUAAUAUACCAGUACAUCAACUCUAUGUGGACUAUAAAAUGGCCUAUGACAGCAUCAAAAGAAAAUAUCUAUAUGAGACUCUGCAGGAGUUUGGAAUACCCAACAAAUUGACAAGACUAAUACAUGUAACACUAAAAAACUCAAAAAGCAAAAUCAAGGUUCAAGGAGAAUAUUCAAGGGAAUUUCAGAUUAGACGACGCCUAAGACAGGGAGACUCACUGUCUUGUAUGCUCUUUAACCUAACAUUAGAGAGAUUUAUUAGAAAGAUAAACAUUGACACUAGAGGAACGAUAACAGGAUACUUUCUGAGGGAAACUCAAGACCCACAACCAAUGGGCACACUCUACAACCAACCACUUCAGUAUCUUGCAUAUGCUGAUGACAUAGCACUGCUAGGGAAAAGUCUUAAAGACAUAUCAAAAUCCUCUAUUGAAUUAGAAGACGCAUCACUACAAGCAGGGCUGGAAGUUAACAAUCAAAAAACAAAAUACAUGCCAUGAUAAGAAAAGAACAAACAGAUGAAGCAAUUAAAAUUAGAAACCAGACUUUUGAAAAAGUAAAUCAAUUCAAAUACCUAGGAUCUUUAUUAAAUGAAAGAAACGAAUUACUUACAGAAAAAAAAGAAAGAAUAUCAGCCGGAAACAGGGCAUACUUCAGUAGCCAGAAAAUACAAGUAAAACAUUACAAGAGAAACAAAGAAAACUAUUUAUAAAACUGUAAUCAGACCAGUUGUAACAUAUGAAAGUGAAACUUGGACCCUAACAAAAACGGCAGAAAACUUAUUAAACACAUGGGAGAAGAAAGUUCUCAGGAAAAUAUAUGGACCAACAAAGGAUGAAUAUGGAUGGAGAAUACGAACCAACCAUGAAUUUUACAGUCUAUAUCAGGACCCCACAAUAGUAGCAGAAAUAAAAAGGCUACGCUGGGCAGGACAUUUAGAGAGAAUGCCAAAUGACAGAGGAAUGAAGAGGGUGCAUCACAAUACCCCAGAGGAAAAAGGCUCAAAAGGCUUAGAUGGAUGGAUGAUGUGGAAAAAGAUCUACAACAACUGAAAAUCCAAGCAUGGAAAAGAAAAGCAUUAGCUGGCCUGAGUGGAAGGAAGUCGUGAGGCAGGCUAAAGCCCUACAUGGGCUGUAGCGUCACAGGGAUGGAUGGAAAAUCAUUGAUAAAACUGAUGCAACUUUAUAAGAUUAUUUACUUUUAAAAUUAUAAUUACAUGUAUUAUGUAUUUAUCUUAUCAUAAUAAAGGGCUGGUCAAGGCUAUUGGUGCUGAAUAAAAAAUGUAAUUUCAAAUCAAAUUAUUACAUGAGUGCAUUUUUGAAAGUGUAUUUGAUGAAGUUUGAAGUAUGCCUAAAUUCUAUUUUGAACUUAGUUAAAUAUUUACUUUGUUUAGUUAUGAAUAAGCAAACAUCGAACCCGCAUUAUGACUGUUUUAUAAUCUUAAAAUUAAUAGACAUUUUUUUUUUGUUUACCUGCUUGGUGCCCUCUACAUAAUCUAGAGCUGACAUUUCUUUGAUGUUAUUAUAGAGGAAGAAGACGAAGGAGAGGAUGAACAAUCAGAUGCACAAUCCACUACAGAGAAAAUUACCCCUAAAGAUUCAUUGGUGGAGCAGGAUACCUUGGAUGUCAAGGAAUCAGAAAUGUACGCACACCAAUCUACUCAUGAGGCAGUCAUAGAAUCGCCAGCAGAGGAGCUGCCAAAGGAACCAGAGGUAGUAUAUUUAUUGUUAUCAAAAGGUAGAACGUGAGAAGUAGAAACCUCACUUCACUUGUACUUGUGGUGGCAAUCAUGAGCAUGAGGUAGAAUUUCUUACAGAAAUUGAAUACAUGUAAUCAUUUUUAGCUAAUUAUGGCCACUGGUCUAACAGGAUGGAAAGAACCGCAUGGGGGGAAAAAGUGACCUAAGGUUUUCUAAUAUGUCUUAUUAAAAAAAUAGUUGUUUUUUCUGUUAAAUAUUAUUUGGAUCUUAUUUGUCUCGAUAGAUGUUUUUGUCUUUUAUGUUUUCUUUAAAUUAUUGUUGGGAGAAAUUUUAACUAAAAAAAAGGCCAAACUGUUCUUUUUCAAAAUCACUUGCAAGUUAUCUAGUCCCACAAUAAGUAUUACAUCUCCUUGUUUUGAUUUAGCUUUUAUACCUUAUUUAGUUAGAAAAGUCAAUGAGCUAAACUUUUGUCAAUUUAUCAUUUUAUUCUAGAAACUUAUCCUGAAAGAUUUAUCUUAUUUCAUUUAAAGAUUGAUGAGCAUCAUCCAGACGUUGUUGGCAUUGUGACUCUAGCAGUGGCUGAUGCUGGAACCACUUCGAUCACACUGACUCCUGAGCAGCUGGCUGAAGUCCUAGAUAAUUCUAUAAAAGAAUGGGAAAAGGAACUUAGAAGCCAGCGAAUUGAUGGACCUUUGUGAGUCAUCUUGCACUGCUGUUGAUCAAAUGCUUUGAGAUUUAAUAUAGUAUAUAAGCCAUAACUAAACUAUCAACUUCCUUCUAGAUUACUAUUUUUAAUAUGUUUAAAUUAUUAUGGGCCAAUCAUUUCACAUUAUGAUAUAUAAUUCGAAGAUUUGAGAUUUAAAAAUGGUUGGAGCAACCAAUGUAAAAUAAGUUCAAAGACUUUUCUUCUUAUCUGGAUUUUGAAAUAUAUUGAUAUGUACCCAGUUGCUUCAGCAGAGUGCCAACUCCUCCCCCACCCUUUUCCAUUUCCAGAACCAGUACUGGGCAUGAUAUGCCAGAUAGUAAAUAUUAAUUUGAUUAUUUGAGAUCAGGGAUUCUCUACUUAUCCAAUUAAACACAUUUUUUUAAAUUUUAAUUAAGAGAUGUUUUCCAAUUAUCUACAUGUCAAUGUAAAAAAUAUAUUUCAUUUUUUAUCUUAAUUAUGUUAUCAAAUAGGUAAUGUUGAAAUUUUCUAGAGAGCCAUAACAAUGGUUUUUCCAACUUGGCUACCUGUUUCAAUAACAAGUAUUUGAAUAUUUUUUUUGGAUCAUUUAUUUGAUUAAAGAUAUGGGUCAUGGAUCCUUGACAACUUUCCAAGUAACAAAGAACAGUGGACAGCUUGUGUGGAAAGAAACCUUAUCCCAGAUGAUGUGAUUCUCCUUGGCGAUGCUGCUAGUGAUGAAAAGACAUCAAAGGCUAACAUGAUCAAACUGACUACGGAGAGAUAUUGCUUGAAAAAUAAAGAAUGGAUUUUGAAUGAGGCAAAACAAAGGGCACAUGAUAAGGCUAUUAUAGAUGAGAUGGCCAAGAAAGAAGAAAUGAGACUAAAAGUGUAAGAUAUUUAUAUUUAUUUUAUUAUCACCUGGCACCUUUUGUCCCAAUCUGUUGCCUUAAUUCUCCAAACAAGCUGAAUAACUAAGGAAGACAUUUUUUUUUUCAAUAAAUGUUUUAAGACAGCAUUACAACUUUCUUAAUUAACUCAUUAAUAUUACUUUCUUUAUUUAGAAUGAUUUCAUAAAGCAUUUUAAACUGUAUUUAUUCACUUAACACACCAACACUACAUGAAGAAAUCAAACAUCCAAGCUGGUAAUUAAUAAACCAUUUUUUUUAAAAGAUUAAUCUAGAAAAAUGUGGGAUCUAUGAAAGCUUAAGUACAUAAUGAGUUGGUAGUUAAUUUUUAAACAAAAAAGAAUCUAAUAAUUUUUAACAACGAAUCUUUAUUUCAGCUAUCACUUACAAACAUCCAGAGGGAUUUGCUAUGAAUUUUAAGAAAUAAUAAUUAAAUAAGAAAUUUUUACAGUCAAAAUAAGUGGUAAAAUGAUAUAAAAGUAGAAAUAUUCAAUUCCAUACAGCUAAAAAGUGUCUGAAUAUGCUCUAUUGUUUUUAUUCAUAGUAUUGUGGGAGUAAUCGUUAUUAUACAGCAAAGAUAUAUGUUAUCAGGAAUGCAUUUUCAAUUUCCUUUUGGUUGCAAACAUAUUUUAAUUUUGCAAUUGUAAAUACUGCCUUUGUUUUAAAACUAUAGGAUUGAAGAUGAGAUUCACAGACAAGAAAUGGAAAAAGAAGAACAAAGACUGCUAUUACUCAGUGAGUUUUUUUGUUGUUUUUUUUGUUGUAAUUUCCCUUCCAUCACAUCAUUGUCACUAUAUUUAAACAAAUUUGCUUACCUUUAAAUAUGGACUGACUGUUAUGGUGACGUGUACAGAGCAUCACUGUCAUGUUCAGACUUAAUGUAACAAGACUUGAGGAGUAUUAUAAUAAUUUUAUUCAAAUAUUCAAAUACAUCUGACCUACAUUUGGCAAAAAAUUUACCAAUCUCCCUCUACACUUUCUACUGUGACAUCACUGAUAGUGCAUUUAUCACUGACAGUGCAUAUCUAUGUAGUUAAUUAACAACUACAUUGCUCAACUAUCUAUUACUAACUAGCUUGGGCAACGCAACCACAUUGCGCAUGUAAAAUGCUUAGCUGUAUUGACUCUAUAAAGAGUUGGUAGUGAUGGGCACUGAUGCUGUUUUUGUUGGGUGUUGAUGGUUAGUGGGGCAAUUUUAGUAGGGUAUUGAUGGCUAGUGGGGCAAUUUUAGUAGGGUAUUGAUGGUUAGUGGGGCAAUUUUAGUAGGGUAUUGAUGGUUAGUGGGGCAAUUUUGGUAGGGUGUUAAAUGUGCUGACACAAGCAUAUUUGGAAUCGGUUAAGGGCUUCCUGUUUAAACGCAGCUGCCAGUCAUGUACUGGGGCCCUUUGUUGCACUACAAUAUCUUAAGUCAAUACCAGUCAGAGCUCAGAACAGCUUAAUAGGCCUAAGUUAGUAAGGGUACAAAAUGUAGAGCAACCACAAGUCGACACACCAGCACCCAGCACAGUGGGUAACGAAUGGGUUCUUUUGUGUGCAUUUGGUGCAUAUAUGAUCAAGUGCAUGAUGGGGGAAGCAGCGCAUAAGAGCGCAGCAUGAUGCACAAUGAGAGCAGGGCAGACAAGAAAUAUUUUCUCUGGUAUCAUAGGUAUAUACUUUUUUUGGUAUAAAAUAUUAAACAAAAUGCAUUUCAUUAAUAAGGCAUGAUUUAAACAGUCAUCAUUCAGGGAAGGUUUCAUUUACACAUUUUAUCCCUCAGGGAAUGUUUUAUUUAUGUGAUUUUAAUUCUGGGAAGGUUUAAUUUACAUAUCAUCAGGGGAGGAUUCAUUUACACAAGUAAUCACUGAAGGAAGGAUUUAUUUACACAUGUCAUCAUUCAGGGAAGGUUUCAUUUACACAUGUCCUCACUCAGAGAUAGGUCUGAAAUAUUAUGGAAAUUGGCAUCAUGCAUUAAACGUUUGUAUGUGUAAUUAUUCUUUCAAGAGUUAUGUCUGACAAAGAGAUACAUUCUCUUUCUUUGUUGGUUUUUUUUUGGGAGGAAAGGUCAAAGGCAUUUGAUUAAGUUUUGCUAGCUUCUAAUGGACUAUGUAUAAAACUCUGUAACAAGCAUUGAAAAAAAUUGAUAAAAGAAUGAUAUGAUGCUUUUAUUUCAUUUAAAUAUCUCAGACAUAAAAUUUCUACUAUUUCAUGUAAUUUUCAUUGACAUGGCCACAUAAAAUCAGCUAUCAAAUAUCUUUGCAAAAAAUGUAUUUUGUUAGAUUUAUGAAUUUAUUUUUUUGGAAUUAUAUAAGGUAAUUUACGUUUUUGUUUUAAAGUUAAGAUAUAUUUGAGUAAAAUAUCUGAACUUAACUUCAUAUUUUUACAUACAUGUCUCAUUUAUAAAUUUAUUUUGCAGUGGAAAAAGCUGCCAUGGAGGAAGCUGCUGCAGAAAAAGAGAGAGAAGAAAGAUUAGGUAUGAGAGAGAGAGAGAGUGACAUAGAGAGAGGGGGGCAUAAUAGAGUAAAAAUAACAAGGAUGAUGUGAAAAGAAUAAGAUGAUGGACAGUAAGGGCAAGGAGAGAAAAUACAUUUUUACUAUUCAACUCUUGCAUGAGUUUCAUAUCCAGGAUAAGUUAAUAUAAGGGUUAUGUAUAAUGUUUUCAAUUGAGUGGUAGGGUUUCAUAGUAUUAAAUGGAAUUGUAGGGUCGGUGUGGAGUUGAAUACAAUGGUAUAUUUUCUCUAAUCACUUAUAACAUAUGGUAUGAGUAAGUAGUAGGGUUUCAGUCUUCUUCACUGGGAAAAAAAAUGGAAUAAAAAGGUGCUAGUUUCUUUUAACCUUUUCUGUAGGAGAUACUCUCAACAAAUGUGGGCUGGACAAAUGGGGAACAAGACAUCACAACAAGGGGGUCAAAGUAGUUCUGAAAAGUGUUGAGACCUUGAUUUGCAUAUUCUAAAACCUCAUAAAAUUAUUAGCUUUUAGUCCAAUGGGGCAAGGUUAUCUUGAAGAAUUAAAAAGUUGUAGAUUAUCUUACAUUAUGAUCCCAAAACCUGGAGAAAAAAAAACAGUAUUUUGCCAGAACCGUCUAUAGCAAAAAGGGUUCAAUAUUCUGGAAUGUAAAACCCUGUUAUCAAAAGUUCCAAGAAAUGGAAAUCAUAAUCUUAUAUAUAUGUACUUAUUUAAAUUAAAUGGAUUAUAUUUUGUGAUGUGUGUUUUUAUAAAAGAAUAUAUCUUUUUUUAUUUGAUUAUGUAGAUUGCUCUUGAGUUUUGUUAAAAGUAUUAGUUUAAUUUCAUAUAAAACCAUGCAGCUCUGUGGCACAAUUGUAGCAAGUCUCCUUCAUGAGGUAACAAGUUUAAAUGCUUCAUGGCUUGCUCUCGGCUAUUGACAAAUAGCUAGAUGGACUUUGCUUGAGCUGUCACAUACCUUGACCUCUCAACUUGGCAAGGGAUAAAUUCAGCUGUUCACACUCUAUACAAUAUAGACAGAAAUGCAUGGAGCCCUGUGACUAUUAAUUCAUGUUAAGCCCAGUUCAAUUAUUAUUGUUAACCUGUAGAAAACUGCAGAUGCUCGCAACAAGUCGAAAUUUUAUCUAAGUGUUCUGCUUACCACUUUAGCUGCUUUACAGCUGAACCAAGUACUAUGGGACACACUAGCUGGAGAGGUGCAGACACGUCAUUCUUUUACCGAAAUGGGAAUUGAACAGCCCCGAGGGCCCAGCUUUAUCAGUCUGCUUGCUGAAGAAUUCCAUGACUACUCAGAGCUUUACGCUACUUUAGAUUUACUGACUGACAAGAAAAUGAGUGAGACGCUGGAAGUUUUUCCUGUUGGACAUUAAGAUUUGACUUUUUUUCAAAUUGUGUUACACUUUUAUUUUUAUCAAAUAAAAAUUUCCAUUCUUUUAUUUUUGUAAGUUUAAACCAUUGCCUCAAUUAUUACGAGGAUACUCACUUUUUUUUAGUGCUGGUUUCCCAACCUUUAUUAUACUUUGGACCCUCUAUGAAUUAUUAGACUUCAAAAAGUAACGAUUCAUUUUCAAAAAUUUUUUAAUUGUUUUAAAGAUUUUAUAGGAUUACAACUGUUUUGAAAGAGAACCCAAUUCUAUAAAAAUGGACAAAUGUAAAAUUAAAACAUCUGUAUUGUUUCUUGUACCAAAAUCGUGGAAAAACAUUUAUUUAUAAUUUUUUUUUGACAAAUCAUUUGAGGGAUAUGCUUGUAAUUAUAAUAAAUGCUGUGAUGUGCUGUGGAAUCAUUCUAGAAAGCACACCAGAUCUAUCAAAGAUCUGCCAGAUGGCUAAAGAGAUCAGUUAGGCUAUCUUUAUUUAUGUGCUGAAAUUCUUUAGGAAGUUUAUGUUGCGCAGUAAUACCUGAAGAUAACUCCAGAACAUGUGACAACCAAGGUAGUGGUGCUUUUUCUGCACUCGAUGUGCAGUUGUAGAGUUAAUCAUGGAACUGAACAAGAGCUUUUAAAAUGAGACCUGUGUGAAAUUACAGUAAAAAGAAUAUUUAAGGCUCUAGAAGAGAUGACAUGCGGACUAUCAAUAGAAACUGGACUAGCUCAACAAUAAUUAAACAGAAAACAAGAGGGAGAGGGUUGAGUUUUUCAUUUUGAGCUACAAAUCAGAUUAAGAGCCCUCAAGGAAGAAGCGCUAUCUUUGAGUCUUCUAUUGCACACUGAAUAAGAGUGACUGCUUGCUGACCAAUAUGAAAUUAAACACUCUAAGAUUUAGUAAUCCAAAUGUGAAAUAUUAAUUGAAAUAACAAGGCUGAGAAAGUAUUUGAAAGCAGCAGAUUUUGAACACUUUAAGUGAUUCUGUAUGGUCUGUACAAGUGGAUUUGGGGGAGUCCAUGGGAGAAGUCUGGGGGUGAGGUGGAUGGUAUGACACCAUGAGUUCACCAUACCAGGUGACACCAAUCUAAUGAGAUACCUGCUGAGAGGUGCAAGCAAUUCUUUUUGGGAAGCCCUGCUAUAGAGGAUAUGCAAUUGCAUUUUGUUGCCCUUGGUUGAAAUGUUCACAUUGAGUUUUUUAUUUCUUCCUGGCAAUUGAUCAAAGAAAUUAAAUCCAUGUAAUGUAAUGGGGAGUUUUAAAAAAUUGUAUACGUUAAUUUUAAAGCAAGGAUAGUGUAUAUCAUAGGGUGAGCUCAAUGUAUUUAAAAGAAAUUUUAAAAUAUUUUGUUAAUUGUUCUUGAUUUUUUUUACAAAUUGGACAGUUUGUCUGACCUUUCUAUUUUCAAAUUGGAAUAUUUACAUUUAAUUUUUUUGUUUUGCUUUGUUUUUUGUACCAGAUAGUUAAAAUAAAGAUAAAUAAUCUUUUUAUCAAUACAGCAGAAAAUCAUUCAUAGAUCAAAUAAUCUUCAUUCACUAUUUUUUAUAGAAAAUAAAUGCUCUGUUUUAAAAAAUGUGAAAUCUAACAAAUUUUAGGCUAAUUUAUAAACAUAUAAUUAGAUUUUUUAUAUUCAUGUUAUUUUCAUUUUUUUCUCCCACAGAAGAAGGUCUUGAUGAUGCCUUAAAAGAAUUAGAACAAGAACCUGAGGCAGGGACAAAUGGUGAGAGAAAAAAUGUGUGAAGUUUUUCAGUUUCCUAAAUGUGAUCUCUGACUGGCAUGCCCAAGGAGACAAUUUUUUUUGCUUCUUGAUGCAUUUUUUGGAAGGUUGUUGUUGGUUUCUAUACCUUAGAUCAGUGCUUUCUAAACUGUGUUGCAACAUGGUAGUGUGUUGCCUGCAGUGUGUAGGUGUGUCACCUUUAACUGAGGCUAUGCCAAUAUUUGAAAACUUUUUUUAAACAUAAAAAAAUGUUUUCCAAAACUGUCAGAAAAAAAAGAAUUAGCAGAAAUACACAAAUUAUAUGCAUCUAUCAAUGGUGUAUACAGAAUGUGGCUUUGAAAGCAAUUGGAUUCGCAUUUAAAAACUGUAAAAAAAAAAUUGUUUUGCGGUUUGACAAUACAUAAAUUUGCGAAGUAAAACUUUCAACCAUUAAUAACAUAAAUGAAACAUGAAACGCUUAAAUCCUUUAUGAAAUAAUAUGAGCGUCGAGAUCUUAACAUUCCAGCAAAUAUUUAAAAUCUGUGCUCAUCCUGUUUGUUAAGCUUAUAAAUCUCAUUGAAAUGUUUAAUAGUUAUUGGGUUAUUGAAAGUGGUCAAAUUCUUGAACAUAUUUUCCAAUUAGUAAUCAUAAAAAACAAUAAAUCAUGGAAAUGUAUUUCCUUUUUUUUUUUUAAUGAUAUUUUAAAACAAAUAUAGUCUAAAUGAAUUUUUUUCUUCUGAUAAACGAUGUCAUCGUAUAUUCUGUUAGAACAUUUUUUGUUUGUGUUGGUUUGUCUAAGUUUAACCUCAGGUCAGGUGUUCCACUUGUGAAACUGAAUUACUGAAUCACAAUGCAACAUGAUACACAUCUAAAGCAUAUUUCGCAAACAAAGAAAGUUUGGAAAGCACUGCCUUUAAUACACGUAAUAAAUAGCUUUAAAGGUGUGCAAAAAAAAUGUGUGACAUAUACAUGAAGAUAAGGACUUCUCAGAUCUAAAAUAUUGUUUGGGUUGACAUGUCUAUCUGCACAUGUUGCUUGUUAAACAGAAAGAUCUUGCAAAUAAUAGGAUGCUAAUAAACAGCAAUAAAGUAAAGGUUUCAACUUUCUAUGUUUCAUCCUAUGUUUAUGUUACAUAAAAAAUGAUCAUAUUCAGGCACAAUUAAGUGAAAUAGGUAAGUUAAGACAAUAGUUCAGAGUUCAUAUCAUUGAUGUGAUAAAUGAAAAUUUUCAGGUCUAUUCCCUGCCCCUGUUAGUGAAGAAGCUGAGGAUGAGGAGGCAAUCGCUAUUGAACAGACUGAACUUCAAGUAAUAAAAAUUUUUUUGUCUCAGGAUAAAAAUUAGGACGUCAUCUUACUGUGUACAUCAUGUUUAUACUAAUUAACAUGCAUAACAUUCUUAAACUAUUUACCAUAUAUGUCAUGAGUAAAAAAAAAUAUACUGUGUACAUCAUGAGGGCAGAAAAUACCAUUUUAUGAACACAACUUAUUACCUGUUAACUACUUAACAUAUUCUUCAACAAUACACAUCUGUCCAUGUUUAAAUUAUUCACUAUGUACAUCAUCAGUACACAACUACCUAUGUGUUCAUUAUUUAAAUAAUGCUGGUUCAGAACAAAUAAAUUUACUGUUCUUAUACAUAGGAUUAUUAUACAUUUUAAUAAAAUGCAAUUCUUCAUUUUUAAAAUGUUAAUUUUUGCCAUUUUACUUCUAAAAGUUCUUGAUGUCACAACCAGAAGCCAUAGCGUUCAGUGAAAACUUGGGUGACUUUGAUAAAGUCUUGAGCAAUUUGAUUGCAACCAUCACUGGCACAACAUCUAUUGAACCUUAUAAAAUUGAUAUUACUGGCCACAUUCCUGAGAAAACAUUUGCAGAAGUUCUGAAACAUGUUGAAAGUAGGUUAAGUUAGUUUGAAGUCUGCGAACUUUAAUUUAUGUUUUUGUUAACCUGCUUUUUUCUCAGCCUAUUUUUUUUUUCAAUAAGAUGUUUUUAUUUUCAGAAAUUUACCUGUUUUGCAUGCAUUAAUGUAAAGAAAAAUUGUAUAUAACAAAACUCACUCUUUAAGCUAUUCAGUAUUAGAAAUGUUUCAUAUACAACUAAAGGUAAUUUAUUGUUCUAGGAUUGUUCAGAUUUCAAAGCUGGGAACUUGAUACUCUGGAUCUUGAUGAAGAAGAAGAAGACCUAGAGGCAGAGGCAGCAGAAGCUAAUGAAGAGCCACCCAUGACCACUGAAGUGGUUGGAGAAGAAGUAAGUUAAAGCUUUCAAAAUAAGUUAGAAACGUGGACAUAAAUCUUACUUUCCAGUAAAGGCAGUCGGGUUGUUGAAUCAGUGUGAAGCAAGGCAAGCACCAAGUUUAACUAAGCAGUUUCUGUACUGGAAGGAGACAGCAUGUCCCAUCUGGCAUGGGGUAUACUACUUAAAAUCGGGUCACAACAAUUUUAAGCUUCAUAUUUUGUGCCUAAAUUGAUUUUUUUUGUUACAAUUAAAAGCAAGCACUCGCUGAAAAACUGAUAUUUCAGUUAGAUGGUAUAAGUGGAUGAAUCAGUAUACUUAAAAGAAGGCACCCACUAGAAAAUGCUUGCUUAGUCAGAAUGUCAGAUUACCUAAAUCCACCCUACCAUAGCUCAUUAUAAUGUAAAUCAUUGGGGAUUAUCAGAGACUUCAAUCUGACUCCUUGUCCUUAGUUUUCACAAUUUAGAUUGCCAAGUCUGUAGAUAUCUGAUGAUUUUUUUCGCCAUGAUUACAGUUUGCGUCUUAGUGUUAUGUAUCAUUCAUUGUCUGGGGUUUGAAAGGUGUCAGUGACACAGCCAUGAACCCAAAUACCCUCUCCUUUUGGAUGGAUUUGGGAGAGGUAAGUUGUAUGCAGGGUGUGGGAUCGCUCAGCCAAACAGAACUCCAGUUAUAAUGACUCCCAAGUGCUGAUGUCAUGAUCAAAAGUACAGCAUUAUCUUGAACUCAUUUAAUAUAUUCAGCACUUAUUUAUUGCAUUACUUUGAUCAUAAAAAAUUUGGCCAGCUCAUUUUACCAUUAUGUCUGGUAGGUAAAAGAUUUGGGGAAGAAAGAAAACGUUCAAGAAAAUAUAAAGCAGGCCAGUCAGCUAAUUUACUUGUUAUUCUUUUUUUUGGAUUUAAUUUUACAUCAUCAUUUUGAAGAAAUAUUCACAUUUUUUAUAAUUCUGCUCUUUCAAGCAUUAUUUUAUUUUUUUUUUUUUUUUUUUUUUUUUUUCUUUUUUAAAGUUUUUUUAUUAAGGCGAGAAAAGUACACUUUUUAUUUUUUUUUUUUUUUUUAUUUUUUUUUUAUUUUUUUUUUUAAUUUUUUUUUUUUUUUUUUUUUUUUCUCUUUCCACCAUUUUUUUUUUUUUUUUUUUUUUUUUUUUUUUCUUUUGCAUUAUUAAAGUAUUUAUAUUAAGGCGAGAAAAGUACACAUACAAUCAUAUUUAAAUUUCAUAUUAAUGAAACUUAUCUCUUUCAAUUUUUGUUUUACAUUUUUUUGUUCAUUACUUUUCUCUGAGAACAUCAAUCUAUUUCUUUCUGUAUCUUAAGGAUAAUGUAUACAAUUAGGUUUUUACCAGAAAUUUGAUCGAAAGAAAUUUCGUCGACGGUAAAUUGAUCGACGGAAAUUUGAUAGAACGGAAAUUUGGUAGAAUCUUUUUUUCAGUUCACACAUUAAAAUUAUUGUCAAAUUUCUUUUUGAACGAAUUAUUUUGUUUUACUAUAUAGUAUAGUGCGUUCAAAAAGAAACUUGACAAUAAUUUUAACGUAAAAACUGAAUAAAAGAUUUGACUGAAUUUCCGUUCGAUCAAAUUCCCGUCGAUCAUUUUACCAUCGACGAAAUUUCUUUCGAUCAAAUUUCUGGAUACGCAAUUCAGUGUAUUCUAAACCUAAGAACUUUGAUCUGUUUUUUUUAUUGCCAAAAUUUGGGAUAGUUUAAUUUAUUAUUAUAAUCUAUGUACCGGUUUAUUUAAUUCAACUUCUAAGCAGAAUAGAGCUGCUUGAUAUUUCUGACAAGUUGGUUUGAAAAAAAUAAAUGUUCAACUGAUGGUUGCAUAUAUUUUUUAACCAUGCAAAAAAAAGUUAUUUUUCUGUAUCAAUCAUUUUCAUGUCACUCAACAUUUGUGGAAAACAUAAAUUCAAAAUAUGUUUAUACAAAUUCAUUCAUCUAACCUUUAUUGCGCUUAAUUUGUUGAUACCAUCUACACUUACUGCAUCAUCUUAAAGCACUUCUUUCACAAAAGAUUUGAUCUUCAACAGGUUGUUAUUUUAGGAUUUCAUUUUUAACAUAAAAAAAAACAUUUUUCAACAUUUCAACAUUUUUAUGUUUAUGACCCAGAUGAAUAAUUUUUCUAUAAUAGAGAAUCCAUUUAAAUUAGAACACUCACCACACACACAAAAAUAACCCAACCCCAAGAUUGCAAUCCCCUGCCCUAUUUUUCUGUCCUGAUCAUUUUGUUGUUGAAAUAAUGAAAUAGUAAUAGGUUUCAUCCAGUAUCUUAACUUGGCUCUUUGAUGGUAUCACUUGUGAAAAUACUUACACUUUAAUUACACUGCCAAUAAGCUUUUGUUACUUUUAUUGAAAUAUUGCAACAAAACUUUUACAGUAGUACAUAAAGCAGAACUUCUAUGAUCAAAUAAGAAAUGUCACACAUUUUACCCACAAUCUGACCAAUUCCUAGGCACAAUCAGACUGAUUGCGUAGACACAAUCUGAACUAUUCCUAAGCAACCUCUGCUAUUGCUGAAAUAAAUCUCAUCAAUAGCCUAAACACAAUGUGAUAAGCUUAAAUGUUGGGGGAAAAUGAAUGGCAGGGAAUGUUUGACCUAUGAUUUAUCCAGUUCGUUAGAAAAGAUGCUCUAACUUUUUUUUUUUAAACUUCAGAGAUACAUUUUGCCACAACAAAUACAGAUCUCUAAAUAUUUAUUUGAAUUUUAAAUAAUGAGACAUUUAAUGGGUUUUUUUCCCCCUCAGGAAGAUGAAUCUAGUGCUAGCCUGAAAAAGAAGUUUUUAGGAGACUCAAAUUAUUUUGAUCCUGUAAAAUUAAAGGAAACAGAAGUGCUAAUUCCAGGAAAUCCAGAAAUAGCUGCCAUCUACAGAGAAAAAAUUUAUUAUUUUGCCUCAAAUGAAACACGAGAAACAUUCUUGGAAAAUCCAAGUGAUUAUGUUGCACAAGUUGGACCAUUAAAGGUAAAAGUAGGCUAAUUUUUUACCUGUUCACAAUAUUAAUAUUCCUGUUUUUAAAAAGGUUUUAUUUAGAUUAUUUUCAAGUCUGUUUGCCUGUGUGUGUGUCAGCCUUGGUCGAAUCUUGUAAUCAUUUUUAGCCAUUUUUACUAAAAGUGUUAAAAAAUAUGUUUGCACAAGUUUAUUUUUCAUGACAAUACCACAUUUUGUCAGAUUUCGGCCUGUACAUGAUGUUGCUAGUUCCUUAGGUAAGCUUUGCAUUUCAAUAUUCCCAUUACAGGCCAAGCAGGGGUCAGUAAAAAGUGGUACUAGGCAGUAGUUAGAGUUAGUGCUACCAGGGGCAGGCCUAGAAUUUUGCCCCCUCCCUUUCCAUGAAAAAAUUCUGCAGUUUUCCUAAAUGCCACCCCUCCAUAUAAUGGAAAAAAGUGCUGUCGGGCCUAGGCCACUGGUGCCAGGUAGCCACUGAUAGUUAAUAAGUUCAGAAUCCACUAGGCGGCAAUGCUAAUAUGCCAAGAAGUGUGGCUUGGUUGUGUAAAAUAAAAAUAAACUAUAUGUCUUUAUUGCACUGGUAAAGAAAAUAAAUUAAUUAAUCAGGGAUAGUGCAAGGACAGUUGCUUGGUAAACUCUAAAAAUGUAUAGAACGACAUAGGCCUAAAGAUUUCUAGGGCAUUAAGAAUUGGAAAAUGUGCAAAAUGAUUUCUUCAGUUAUUCUCUUUGAUUGUCAUAUUACAUAAACUUGGUGCUUUAUAAAACCAUUUUGCUGCAACAGUUCAGAGCAAUGAGUGAACAUUUUAAAAAUACAACAAAAAAUACAUAAAAGAAAAAAGAUAUGGGGUCAUAUAGAAAACCUUAGUACAAAUUAAUAAUUAGAAAUUAGCUCUUGCUUAAAUGGUUGCAAAAAGGAAUGAAAAGUUUUAAUUUUAUAUUACUGUAUGUAGGAAAGGAUUUUGAAAUUAUUUCCAAUAUGAGUAAAUGUAACAUUAACAAAAAAAUGUAUUUUAAAUAAUCUCAGGCACCUCCUCUUAGACUGUUCAUUUUGGGAGCUAAAGGUUCAGGCAAAACACUACAUGGUCGUCACCUAGCUGAAAAGUUGGGCAUUUUCCACAUUUCCUUCAGAGAAAGACUCCAAGAACUGAUAAUUGCAAAGACAAAAAAGAAAAUAGGGCCAGAAUAUAUCCUAGAUGAUGAUGAAGUGUCAGAUGAUGAUGAUGAGUAAGUAAAAACCCUAUAUUUUUACACCAAGUAAUCACUUUUAUAUAACUCCAGGAGACAGAGUGAAUUUCUAUUUUGACCAUCUGUCUGUCAGAUAUUUUUUUUCAAACUCAUAAGGAAAAGUUUUUGCUGUGUUUUGUAUAAUUUGCAAAAUAUAAAAUACAUUGAGUCAAAUGUUUUUAAUAUGUUGUAAUGAGUUUCUAAAAUAUUGAAAGUAACAAAACUUAACUAUAUGGCAAUGGAUAGUUACUGCUCCACUCUACAUUGCUAACUAUGCCUCUCAGCCCACUGACUAGUCUGUACCACUUUUGCUAAUCUCCACUUAUGCACUACACUAAAUAGUCUUUACUCAAUGUACCACACUAACUAGUCUUUACUUGUUGUACCACACUAACUUGUCUAUAUCCAAUGUACCACACUAACUAGUCUUUACUUGUACCACACUAACUGGUCUGUACUCAAUGUACCAUAAUAACUAGUCUGUACUAAAUGUUUCAUUCUGACUGAAACUGUCCACACUUUCCAGAUCCCGUUCCAGACUAAACCAGAUUAUCCCUUACCUUGUGUUAACACCAACAACUCUCAAUAAAAAUAGUUAACAUUGGGACACAUUUUAAUGUAGCUUUCUAAUCUGCUAUUUAACAACACCCAAACUAGUGACCUGUGAAACCUUUAGUUUUAAAAGAAAUAUUUUAUCUAGCUUUGGGGAAGAAUCAGCAGCAAGCAGUGCUCAUCCUACUGGAUCCAGGUAUGGAAUCAAAAAAAGAAAGUAAAACUAUUUAGAGACUGUUAGCUGAACAUGAACUUUUUUAAAAACUAAUCUUGGUGACAAGCAACAAUUCUAUUCAUUUAAUUUUGGGGGAGAUGUGUUUGUAUUUUCUUCUUUUUAUAUUUAAGUAAAAAGAAACAUGCUAUAUAUAAUGUCCAACUGAUAGAAUAAAUUGAUAGACAGUAAAUAAAUGACAACAUAUUCACAUACUUUAGUAAUAUAAUAAUGAUAAUAUUUUUUGUAUUCAAUUUUUUUUUUAAUUUUCCCACCAUUGUCUUUUUAUUUUCCUUUUAUUUUAACUCUUGAAAUCAUUUUAUUUUAUCUUGAGAUGUUAUUUACAAUCAGUUGUUGACUACUUAAAAAAGAUUUUGAUUCUGGGAGUUUGCAUAUAUUUUUCUGGAUAUUUUCUGUUCUUAAAUUUUAAAAAUCUUGACAGAAAUAACUUUACCAUCUCACUCUUGUAUAUUCAUUGGUACUGAUUAAAUUAUUAAAUGCGCUAUACUAUAAAAAUUCAUUUUCCAUUCUUUUAGAGUGAUAAAAAAAGUUAGGAAAUGAUAUUCAAAACGCAUGGAUUUAACAUGCCAGUAACAUAAGGGUCCAAACAUUCUGAAAAUAAAUAGAAGAUUUUUGUGAUUGAAUAUAAAAUCCUCAAUGCAUGAUGAGAGUGCUACCACCACAUUUUAAAGUCAAUUUUGAAGAGAUAAACUUUUUAAAUGUAAUAAUUCUUAAUUAAAAUAUUUAACAUUUUAAAAAUGUGUAUAGUUUUAAAAGAAAGAAAUUAGCAACUGGAAUUGCUUACAUGUGAUUUAAAAUUGAAUCAGGUGAUAUUUUUUCAAGAGUUAACAAGUAAUUUCUCCCCACUCAGUGUUUCAUUAAGUUCACAAAGUAAAAAGGUUUGCACUAUUUUCACACAAAGUCACUAGGUUUGCAUCAUGUUCAUACAAAGUCACCAGAUUUGCAAUAUGAUCACAGAAAGUCACAUGGUUUGCAACACAGUUGCAGAAAUUUGUGAAAACUGCAGCUUGCCUUUUUUUUUAAUAUCUUGAGAAACUCCAAGUUCAGCAUACUCUCUAUUCUGAAUCUCUUUAAUACAAAAUAAUUCAAAGUAGACAUGAGACUGGGCUCAUUUGCAAAUUGCAUAUUUUUCAUGUUUUUUCUUUCAAUUAGUUGCAAAUUUGUCUGCAAUGGGUUGAGAUUUUCUGUUGUUUAUGUUCAUCUGGUUUAAUUGUUUGAAUCGAUCUGUUUGUUUGAUCAGUUUACUGAUUUGAUCUAUUUGCUUGAUCAGUUUUCUGAUUGGAUCUGUUUGAUUGAUCAGUUUACUGAUUUGUUAAUUGUAUUUUUUAAAAUAAAAAUGUUGUUCCCAUAUGAAAGUUAUCCAAGUAAUUAAAGUGAUCAUUCCAAUUUAACUUAAAGCAAGUUCAUAAUGAUGACAGGUCCUAAAAACAUAUAUAAAUAUACAUGUAGUUGACUGUUUUAAAUGUGUACAAUCUUAUAUAAGAGCAGAAAAGUUCUUGCAAUAAUUUUAUAACAAUUCCAUAUUGUCAAAGCCUCGACACCAUAUGAAUAUCUAAGCGAACCUGGUGAAAUGCUAUCAACUUUGCCAGGAUCAGCAACGAAUAAUUUAAUUACUUCAUUUAUGUCAAAAUUGUAAAAUUAAAAUCAGAUUCCUCUUAUCAUGGAACAUAUUGUGGGCUUAGGUCGGAACAAAAACGAAGAUCUUCAACAAAAACUUCAGGAUCAGACAAUACUGAUGAAGAUGAUGAGGAUGAUGAUGAGGAUGAUGAGAUGGGUGAGGAUGAUGAUCUCAUUUGGGAUGAUAUGAAGUUUGUUGAAGAAGAAAUGGAGUUACAGUAAGUUUAUCCUGUGAGGUGGAGCAUGGAGAAGUCUGUCUGUCGUCAAGUUGAAUUGGAGUUUCUAAUUUCUUUAAUGCAUUGUGUCUCCUGUGGAUAAUGACAUUCCAAUGCUAUAGUGUUUUUGUGGUUAGAGUUUUGUUGUGGAAAUUGGAUCUCUUGUGGGUUUGUUGUUUAACAAAGGAUCAUGGAUCUGUUUUGAUUUAUAGAUAUUUCCUGUGUUAAUGUUAUGAAGAACAGCAAAGCAUUUUUUUUGGUUUGCAAUUUUUAUGGAGAGUACAUUUGUUUGAUACUAUCCAAAUAAUUUUUUAAAUAUUUUAUCACAAUAUAUCACCUUCCCCUUCAACUACACUGAGGGCUCAGAUUUUGUGUGUAAUUAACAAUUUGCAUUUAACAAAAUCUAACCUUUUUUUCUUUUAAAUUCUUUUCAGUCAUUUUCCUCAAUUUACUUUUUUUUAAAUUUCUAGAUUUCAGUCAUGUGAUUUUAAAAUCAUUAUGUUUGUAUGAAUCAUUAUGUUUGUAUCUUUUUUUCAGGAACAUAAAGAUAUUUAAAUGUCAUUGUUCACAGGUGGAUUGUUUAAAUGUCAUUUUUCACAGCUAGAUUGUUGUCAUUGUUCACAGCUGGAUUGUUUAAAUGUCAUUGUUCACAGCUGGAUUGUUUAAAUGUCAUUGUUCACAGCUGGAUCAUUGUCAAUAAACAGUUUUAUUGAAUUAUGCAAUUGUAUUCCAACUUCAACAGGGGGGUCACACUUCUAAACAUUUUUUAAGGCAACUUUUAUUUUACAUUUCUUUGUGUAUGAAAUGCUGCUCUAUUCUCAACCCACAACCUCAUCUAAAUGAUGAUUUACUUGCAACUCCUUCCUACAGAGCUUCUGAGGGUGAAAGCCCAGAAGAACUCAUCCCCAGUUAUCAACCCUCCAUUGUACAAGUUGAUGCCAGAGAGGACGUGGAUGAAAUAAAAAUGGUAUCAAUGAAUUUUUUUAAUAUUAUUUUAUCUUUUUUUAAAUAGUAUUUUGAGUUUGUUUUAAUAUUUUAAAAAAGUACAGUUUACUCUCAAUUAUCUUACAAAAUACUGAAUACUUUCAAUAGUUCUACUGCAGUAAGCUUUAAAUUGUCCUAAAAAUAAAAUCUACUCUCAGGGUAAUAAUAAGGAUGCUGAUAAAUCACCCAUGUGGAUGACACUAACAAAUUUAGUUACACUUAAAAUAUAAGUAUGUAAAGUCAGAUCCAUAACAACCGCUUGUGGUACCAGGGGUAAAGCUUUUUUAACCAAGACAGUUGGAUUGGGCUAAAGCUAAGGUAGAUUUAAAGUCACCAACUGCCAGAGCAUACAACUAGAUUGACGUUUUAUUAAAACUAGAUAAAACACUUAGUGAGACAUUUCUAACACAAACCUCAUCAGCUUAAUUAUAUAAAAUACUUCAAUUAAACUGUUUUGUGCCAUGUAGACAAAAGUAAGGAGGAACUGCUUAGGAAGACAAGAAUGGCCACAUAGUCUCUAAAUCAAAAAUAAAUUAUUGGUGGGGGAAAGCAGAAAUGUAAUCAAUAACAUUGUACAUUUUCAAAGCCUAAGCACCUUUUGUACAUCUCUUCUAAAUAAAUGAAUUGUGAAAAUAUAAAAAAUAAAUUAACAGAAAUAGCAAAAUUAUUUAACCUAAUACUUCACAAGGAUAAUCAGUACCAGAUAAUUGAAAGUACAAUGUGUUACAUUUAUGGUGUUUUGAUUUUUUUAAACAUUUUUUCAUGGAAAGGUUCUCCCAUGCUUGACAGAGUUGUUAAUGUUUUUAUUAUUUAAUAUAUUUUUGUAAGCUACUGACUUAAGUAUUAAAAAAAAGAUAUAUAAAGGAUCACAAGGCUUUUAAAUAAGUAACAGUUGUUAAACUAAAACUACACGGCUUCUCGAAGGAGAUGGUUUUUGGAAAAUGUCUUUUAUAGAAAAAUUUGAUAACUAACUGAAAUACAAAAUUGUGUCCUCACACCACUCUGUAUGAUUCUCAAGUUAAUUCUUUAUUUUAUUCUAUUUUAGUCUGUUGGUUAUUAUUUGUAUUGUUAUUUUAUUGUUCAUUUGUUUAUAUUCAUUUUCUUUUAACCUUAUUAGCAACCUCAACCAGCCAUUCUGGAAGAGGUAAGAGUUUAUAAAUACUCAUUCGUUUAAUAAUGUUAGUUAAUAACUAGUAAUAGCCCAAAGGCAAUGCGUGAACUUCCCAUCUACUAAAAUUAGUUUAAGAAUAAAUGCAUUCAAGAAACGCACUUCAUAAAAAUAACUAUUAAGCAAAAUAAAAUACUAUGCUCCAAACGCACUUGCAUUAUUUAAAAAAAUCUCAUUUAGUGCAGUUAUCAGGAAUUUUAUUUUGCACGCUGUUGAGCUCAGCAUUACUCCACAGUUUCUUUCAUGCAUAGAGAGUUAUAUUGAUUGAUCCUAUUUAAUUAUGUAAUUUUAUUCAGAAGAUAAAUUUCUACCAUAAAACUCUUACACCAUCAAUAUUGAUCACAGAAAUGUGUAAAAUCUUUCUUGCCCUAAAUUCUAUCUUUGUAAAGUAUGGAUCAUUGUUUUAAAUAUGAGGAUUUGCACAACUUAAAAAGUUUUGACAGCUAUUAGAUCUAGCUGUACUGGUACAAAAUGAUUUUCAACAAUGCAAUAAAUGAUAUUAUGGGUUUAAAAACAAUAUUUUAGUAUAGUUAUCAUUAAAAAUCUUUUGAUAGUAUUGAUAGUUUUAUAAAUUAUACAAAUGUUUUAGAAAAAGAAUAUGGCUUACACAUCUAAAAUAUUUUAAUUCAAGUUAUUUAAUCAGCAGCUUAACUAUUUCACUGUAAAUAAUUUGCUCCACAAAACUGCAGAGUACUUUUUAAUUGAAAGAAAAGAUUUUAAAUUGUCCAUUUUAUUUAAAAACAUAAUUAUUCUUUUCAGGAAGAGGAAGAGGUCAUUUUGACAGAAGAAGAGGAAGCUAUUAAAGCUAACCUGGAGGCUAAUGAGCCAUUGCCAUAUGAAACUUUGGACAACAUUAUCAAGUCAUGGUGGACCACUGAGCCUUUUAAGUAAAAAAAAUUUUUUAAUUUAUCAUGUAAAUCAUUUUGUUCAAUAGGGUUCUUGGAAAUCUUAAAGACUCAAAUUUAAGUAAUGUUACUGGGUUGCUCUCAGACGAUGAGACUAGUAUUUAAAUAUUAACUGUUAUCUUACAUUAUUACCCUCCAAAGCAUAGAAUGUCAGUUUCAGUUGCCUGUGUGAACAGAGCAAAUGUCUUUUCAAACAUAUCAAUUUUAGUUUUUUUUCAAAAGUGAAAUUAGUAAAUUUUACCAUUGAUCAUAAUGGUAAUUGCUUACUUGAAAUUAAUUUUAAAAAAUAGUUUAAAAAUUUAGAAGAUAUGAAGAAAUGUAUCAAUUUGCUUUAUGACAAAGAAUUCCAAGUCCGUGACAACUAAAUUCAUUUUUCAUGUUUCUUGUGUAAAGAGAUCCUUAAAUCCCUGCAAUAUUUAAACUGUAGAAUUUCUUUAUUUUUAACUUGACAUUCUUUCAGCUCCAAAUAAUAGUUUCAAUAUUUAGGAUACAAAAAUUUGAACCAUCUCAAAAUCCAAGGAGAAAAAUUGUUGUGACAUAUUAUUUGCCUUUUUGGCUAUAAUACUUUAAAUUUGUUUAACCAUUUGUUAAAGAUUUGUAUUGAUAAAACUCCUGAAUAAAUUUCUAGGAAAUAUCAGGGAUGUCAUUUGAGUAGGGCAAGGAUAACCUAUUAAGCUUGUAUUUCUUUUCAGGUCUACUGGUUUCAUACUGGAAGGAUUUCCACGCACAACGGAAGAAGUGAAAUACCUACAGGAGUCAGGACUGUUACCUGAUGCUGUCAUAAUUCUACAGGUAUUUGGAUAGCCAUGCCACGAAAUUUUCUAUCCUAUUAAUAAUACUCUUCCCCAUAAAUAUUGUUCUCUGUCAUGUUCACUUUCUGAUUGCAAUAACUGUGAUGUUCACUUUCUGAUUGCAAUAACUGUGAUGUUCACUUUCUGAUUGCAAUAACUGUGAUGUUCACUUUCUGAUUGCAAUAACUGUGAUGUUCACUUUUGAUGUUUGAAUUUAGUUUGGCACCAUUAUACACUUAAUCAGAGAAAUGUCGUUGGCAAUUUAGUUUCCCUUGUUUACACAAAUCCUGUAUUAUUAGUAAUUACUAACUAGUAAUAUUGGAUUAUUAUUUUUAUUUAACAUUUAUAUUACUUAUUUGAGAAUGGAAAUAAACACAAAAUAAAUGAAGAAAAGAGUUCAUUUGUGAUAAAUCCUUUGUGCCGCAAUAUUUAAUGUGCCAUGGCACUGGGGUUGGCUACCCCUGCCUUAGAGAGGAAAAAUUUGAAAGUCUUGAUGUCCUAUCUAAUACGUUAUUUAAUAUAAAAAAAUCAAUAAAUAAAGCAACAAAAGGAGAGAAAUUUCACAUUACUGACUUAGAGUGGGUUCAAUCAAAGGAUAUCAUUCAUGGUUCAAAAAAUGUAUGCUAGAUUUUAUUUACUUCUCUUGAAACAUGGAACCCCUCCCCCAACCGCUUUUAAAUUAUUUUUUUAAACAAUAAUCUGCAUUCAUAAUUUUUACCAGAGAGCUCUCACAGAUACAUAAUUACUGUUUAUGUUUAAAUAAAAGUUUAGAUCCCAAUAAAUUAAGCUUUUCAUAUUUACUUGCUUUUAACACAUUUUUUAUUCAUGUCUUUCAUUAGCAAGAAUAAUCUUUAACUUGUAGCUAAAUAUAUAUAAUUCAAAUUUGAUUAGGCGACUGAUAAUGAUGUCAUAGGGCGUCUUCUACCACCCAAAUUGGAAAAAUGGCGGGCAAAAAGAGAUAAAAGAUUACAAAAGAAAGCAAGAAAGAAAGAAAAAGCUCGUAAGAAGAAGGUAGGUUAUUUUCACAAUGUUGCUAAUCGAAGCUACAUGGAAAAUUAACUCUUCAUUUAGACUUACAUUAUGGUAUACAUCCUAUACACAAACAAUGUGGGUUCAAGUAUUUAAAUUAUUAUAGCAAUAUCAACUUACUGGGCAAGAAUUUUUUAAAAAUUUAAUCAAUAUCUGUAAAGCAGUUUUUAUCUACAUUUGAUUGAGUUUAAAGUUAUGAUCAACUGAGGAGCACAUUUCUGUUUGCACCUUGGAAUUGAUCAGAAAUGAAAUUACCUGUACCAAUGUUUUCCAUAAUUGGAUUAUCUCUGGGAACUUCUUGGUUUUUCUUAUAUAACCUUUGGCAUAAGGCUUCUUUCUCCUAGAGUUCUAUUCUUUUUGAGUUAAAUCUCUCAAUUUUCAUUUUUUUAGGUAGACUCUAAUUUUAGUUAACAAACUAAACAUUUGUGAAUAAACUAAUUUUUAGUGCAUAUAAAAUAAAUUGUUUACUUACAGUUACCAAAUGAUUGUGAGAUUCUGCUAUAUUUAUUUACAGCUUCUUUUUAGUGCCCAAUUUAUUCUAUUUAUUAAUACCUAUAAUGUUUAAGUACUGGUAGGUUAAAAAGUAUAACAUAUUUAAUGCUUAAGUCUGGUCAUUAAUAAUACAUGUACAUAUAACAUUAAUGAUACAUACUAAAAACAUAGAAAUCUAGCACCAAAAUUGCUAGGACUUUGAUAAACAAAACAUUUUGUUCUUAUACUCUACAGGAAGAAGCCAUUGCCAAGAGAAGAGAAGAGCUUCUGUUGGAAAAAGAAGAAAAGCGUAAACUGAAACGAGUAAGAUUUUUUGUGGACUUUCCUAUUUUUCUGGAAAUUUAAAAAAAAAAACAGGUUGUGCUUAUCAGCAGCCUUCCCCCCACUAAAUGCAACUACAACACAACAAGUCAAUAAAUCUUAAACAAUGUCAUUGACAUACAUCAGCUUUUAAUGAUUUUGUUUGGGGUGCUUCAUGUGUAAAACAGUUUCAAUGUACAUCGUUAGGUUACCAGUACAUAAGUAGUGUUACCUUUUUAUUAUUUUUUUCAUGUAUCUUAUUCUAAUUUAUCAUGGAUGUCAACUUUUCUUUUGCAUCUAUAGCUGGAGAAGGAGUCAGAUAGUUCAUUUAGAGAUGAAGAAGAAGAGGAUGAAGGAGACGUUUUGGAUGAAGAAGAAGGUGAAGAAGAGGAAGAAGAAGACAUUGAAACAUUGUUAGCAGAUGAAUUUGAGGUAAGGUAUAAAAAUAAAUUCCUGAGCAGUUUGUAAUGAACGAGUAUGUCUAAUUUAAAAUAUGAAAAAAUGUCAUUUGAAAAUAUGGAAGUAUAAUACUUUUAAAAUAUAUGACUUAAUAUUCUGUUACUCAGGAAGAAGAAGAAGAGGAAGAAGAAGAAGAAGAACAUGAAGAGGAUGCAAUUGAAAGAAUGAAAAAUGACUUCAAUGAGAUUUAUGAUGAUGACACCAACAGGAUAGCAGCUGUAGAGGUAUUAUCCUAAAUUAUGUUGGGUUUGAAUAAAUUAGGAUUUUCAUUUAACAGUAAAGGAGUUUUUUUCCAAUGUUCAUAAAGCUGGCAGCCAAAACUGAUCAUUAAUCUCUAAGUAAAUGAAAUGUCUUUUAAAAUAUUCCAUUCUAAAGAUGUUAGUAAUUUAACAUUAAUUUAAUGAGUGAAUAAUAUUAUGCCCUGCUUUUGUGGUUCUCUGUUGAAGUUAAAAAGUCUUAUACUUGUAUGAUAGUAAAUGAAGAAUUAUAAUUUUUUUGUGUGUAUUUAUAUGUUUCAUAUCACUUUGCAUAAUUCUUCAAGCGAAAUUGCCAUUACAUCAAUAUUUUAAAUUUUAAUAUACUUACAUACAAGUUCAUGUGAUAAAAUGUAACCUUUUUUUUCAAUAAUAGUGUUGCUAUGAUUACUUAAUUUUACCUUACCAAACAUUUACCCAUUAAUUUUCAAAAAAUUUAUUUUUUAAGGAAGCUCUUGAGGAAAUUCUUAUUCCUCGACUAAAUGUCACAGCUGGCCGCCGACCUCACAUUAUUCGCUACAUACUCAACAAAAAGCUAAAACCCUAUGUUGAAUUCCGAAACAGCAUAUUUGAGAGAGUUUAUCCACUUAGUGAAAGUCUGGCGCAACUUAUGCUGAAAGUUGGUUACAAGUAUCCAAGUCGUUUUGGCAGAUGGGAUCCAGUCAAGGUUAUUGAAAUAGAUUUAAAUAUUUUUAUUCAUUUUAGCUCUUUUUUUAUAUGUAAUAUUAUUCAAGAUUUAAUAUAUGUAUAUAUAUAUAUAUACAUAUAUUUUUUUUUUAAAAUAUAUAUAUUUAUUUAUUUAUCUAUUUAUUUGUUUCUAGGUACUCUGUGAUACAUAAAAUAUUUAAAUAUUCAUUUCCAAAAGUGGUUCAUUUUAAUUUGAAAGUAUCUUCGUGGUGAAAGGAGGCAAGGAUUACUCUGGAAGUUGAAUAAUGCAGUGGUUCAUGGCAAUCUGUACAAAUGGUUAAAAUUAUUCCUUACUUAUGCCACUACCCAAACAAAAAUAAAAAUGUAACCUCAACAAAGUGUGGUCCCCCCACCCCCACCCCCUGUCAGUGUCAUCACUGAGUUGCAGCCUUUCCAUGAUGUUCUUUAAUGACCUUCCCGGCAAGUUGAAGAGGGUAUACCAAAAUGACAUUUUUAUGUUGCUGGUAAAAGUGCAAGAUGUCUUAAUGAAGACUCGAUCAGGCUUAGAACAUGAGGGGGAAAAAAAGUAAACUGAAUGUAAGCAACACUGAAACAGGGUACUUGGUUUUCACAAAAAGCCACAAGGUAGCCAGACCAAACAUUACAGUAUCCCUACAAGGUACAGUACUCCGAAAUGAAGACAACCCAACAUAUCAACGUGUUCAGUAAGAUGGGCAACUGGACCUAAAAAAGCAUGUUCAAAGUUUGAAAUAAAGUCAACAAGAAUGCUAACUAAGGGUUGUCACUACCUCAUGGAUUAUUGAUAAGGCCACACUAUGCCUGUUGUACAUAGGAUAUGUGCGAUCAGUUAUGGCAUAUAUCUUUGUUGUUUCAGUCAGCUAGCAUCAAGACAGUAAAGGACUCUCUUGAAGAAGUACAAAGUCAGGCAGUCUACUCUAACAUCAGAUCUACUCCAACAACAGCAUGUGAAAUACAAACUAAUAUUAAGCCACUAAAUCACAGAAGCCGUAGCAGUUAUUAAGAUGGUAGAAAGUUACAGAAAGGUAGACUGACAACAUCCAAAUAGAAAAAUAGUUAAUAAAUGGAGACCACAGAGUAAAACAACAAUCAAUUUUACCAGUACCCCAUUAUAUUGGCAUUUCCUCCUCCUGCAAGAUUCAUGAUAUGAGGUCAUGUAUUUACCUAUGCAGCUCGUUUCCACCUAAUUGUAUAAGCUCUGCAGGGAUAAGGUCUAUUACUGGGAAUUUAUUAUUUUUCAGGGCAAAGGUCACAUCUUUUGUUUCAUUCAGUAUUGGUUGGCUGACCAAUUAGUCCAGUCCUCCUUGUGGUAGUUCAUAAUCUUCAUUGGGUCCUGCAUAUGAGCCAUUUAGCAUCCCUUCAAUGUUGAGCCCAUCUCUCUUGUACCCUACUGUUCACUGUGAUCAGUUUUGAAAAUAAAUACCUUCCUCAACACCUAUGUGGUCAAGCCGACCUUACCAGGACACAAUAACCUCCUGGGAAAUGAGAGAGAUGACAAACUAGCAAAACAGGGAGCCUCCAAUGAACAGGCAACUAUACUUACAACACUCAACACUGCAAAAACAGAAUAUCCAUUCCCCAAAGAUCACUAAAUUACCUCCAAGACAGGAAGAGGUCAUAAUUUUUCACCUGCACACAUGACUCUUUACAACUUAAUUCUCACCUUAACUGCAUAAAACCAGAUAAACACCAGUGUGCCACCUCUGCAGACAUCCAAACGAGACAACAACACAUCACCUCUGUAACUGUCAAACUCUUCAUGACUUAUGCCAACCAAUAACACCAGACUACUCUGACUUCCUAUAUAUAAACAAAGGAUAGCUGUGGAGAGUGUUCAUAAUGGCCUUGGGAUGAAGAUGAUGAUGAAUAAUCUUUACCCUGCAUGUCAAAAUAUUUUUAAAAUUUUUACAUGUAAUAAUGUAACAGACUGAAUGUAUUGAAGUACAUUAAAUAUUUCCUUAAAAUAGCUUUUGAACUUUGUAUAUUUUUUUAAACCCGUAGUUAAAGGAAGGGGACUGCUUGCAACCAUUAUCAGGACCUGACAUCCCAACCUACCCCUGUCUGCACCGGUCUCACAUUUACUUUUUUUCAAGUCAACAAAACAGACAGCUUUUUAUGCAAGAUCCAAUGACCUAUUUAAAACAGCCAACUCCAAAGCCAGUUGUUCCAAUAAAGAUAUCAAUCAUCGGUCCACCCAAAUCUGGAAAAACAACAUGUACGUAUGGUUUUGAAUUACCAACAGUUCACAUUUCAGCCUUUUACCAUUGCGGUUUUCAAAGGUUGUGUUGUGACACACUGGAAUGUCACCAAGGUUCAUAGAAAAAAUGUAUUGCUAGGCAUUUUACCUAGAAAUGAAAUGGAGAUAAUAAAAUCCAUUAAAACUAAUAUAAUAAUAAUUACCUUGAACACUGCUCAUCCUCAAGAGGAUUAUUUUCCAUUAUCUUGUUCAGUUAUAAACUUCAUUAAAUUAUAAGAGUGUUUUUAAUAAUCUGAAAGAUACUCAAGUUGAAACUUACCCCACAGAUAAUUCAAUAAUUUUUUUAUUCCCUCCUCCCCCGAAUUAUAAGAGGGCUGAACAUUGAUCAUGCCCUGCUCUCCAAAACUUCUUUCAACAAUUUUUUUCUGUUGUCCUUUCAUGGGAUACUAUGAAGUGCCAUGGGUUAAUGUUACAGGUUUCAUUAGAAAUUAUAUAAAAUAAUACCAAAUAAUAUUAGCAUAAUGUAAACCUGGAGACAAAAGGAAGCUAGAAGAAAAGUGUUUAAUUUGAGGUAUUUAAAUAACUAAUGAUCCAUAUUCCAAAUAUGCUUAACACAAAUCAAUAAAAGUAGUAAUAACUAUAAAGGAAUACUAGGAAAUGUGAAGGGAAACAGCAUUAUACAAGAUUUUUAAAAAAAACAUAGUGCAGACUAUCAACAGGAAAGAAAGAAAAACAAAUCUUGCUCUCAGAGCAAAACUUUGAAGUCAAUAGCUAUAGCUAGUAAAUGAAAAUUAAUGGCUAUUCAUUUUUCCUUUUUUUUUUUUUUUUUUUUUUUUUUUUUUUUUUUUUUUUUUUUUUUUUUUUUUUGAUAUUGAUUAGACUAGUGGGGGAAGGGGAGGUGGAGAGUUAAUUACAACAUUUUAUAAACUUGUAAGGAGACCUUGAUAUAAAUGAAACAGGGCACAAUCAAAAUUCAUAUCAAAUGGUAGCGCUGUUAGGUGUUAAUAUUUGCCUUACUACAAAUAAUUCCAGUUUCAAUCUAGAUUAUAUAUUUUCAUCUUCCGGCAUACUUGUUCCAAGUGGGGCAAACAGAUUACAAAACUGUCUUGAAAAAAAGUUGACCGUAUUUUAUGUCUUUUUCAAUGAUUUAAGUUAAUGUUAGUUUUUAACUUAUGAACUUUAAGAUUUUGUAAAGCCUCUGUGAGAAAAAAAUGUCUGAUGAAAUCUUUUGAAAAUUUUCUUUUCAUAGUGGCUAAAAGAUUUGUAGAUGAGUAUGGAAUCAAAAGAUUGUCAGUUGGCGAGGCCAUGCGUCAUGUUUUGGCAGCCCAGAGAAACACUGAAUUGGCAUCAAAUAUGCACUGGCAUCUCUGCAGAGGUCGGGUUGUGCCUGAAAACUUACAAAUUCAAGCACUGGAAGUUGGCAUGUUGGAUAUGACAAGUCAAACAAGAGGGUGAAGAAUUUCAUUUUUUUUUUUUUAAAAAAAGCUCAAUCCAAAGUAUUCUUAUUACACAAACAACAAUGCUAAUUAUUAUUUGCAUCCUUUUUUUUUUCAUGUUUUCCCAUACUUUGUUUGGCUUAUUUACUUUUACCUAACCUGAUUAAAGUUUCUCAGCUUUAUUACCUUUUUAAAUUUUAUUGUUAAAAUAUUCCUGCAGUUACGUCUUGGAUGGGUUCCCCAUGACUCGUGCCCAGAUUGAUCUGAUGACAGAACGUAGUAUUAUUCCAACAAGAGUUAUUGAGCUGGAGCUUGAGAGCAAAGAAGCUAUGAUCAGAGGUGUCAAGGACAGAUUAGCACUUCCGAGGUUAGAAUGUUGUCACAUUAUUCAGUCAUUUUAAAAAAAACAAAGUUCCAGUUUGUGUAAUUACAAUAAAUGGCAUAACUCAAUGCCAGUAUGGCAUCAGAUGUGUACGCCCUAUAAGCUUGUGUAACCAUCAUAAUAUUAAAUUAGAAAUGCAUUGGUGAAAUGAAUUCAACCUUAGAAAACCCAGAUAAAUCCCAAUUUUUUUUAAUCUCACCCUACUUGAAUGUGCAUAGAGGCAGCUACCAAUAAGCAAGUUUUAGAAUUACACAUUCUACAUGUGAUGGUUAUUGCUGCAAAAAACUUCUUUUUUUGUAAUACAGUCUUCAUAAAAUGAUAUAAAAUAAACUUCACUAAAUGAGCUAGUUCAAUUAUUUUUAAAAUUUUAUAUUGUUUCAGACCUUAUGUGCUCCAUGACAGCACUCAGAUUUUGGCUAUAAAGCUUUCAGUGUACCAGAAGACAGUUCACGAUGUCCGCGAAUGGUAUGAACAACAGCACCAGAACCACCAAAAGGUCAAAGCCAAUCAGUCCAAAUGGUGGGUAUGGGACAAUGUACAAGAGCUGGCUAUGCAGAGUAUCAAGAGGAUCCAAGACUAUCUGGAGAGAAUAGGAGAUGGUAAACAAACACAAUCUUGAUUUUGUACCAUGUUGUGUUUACUACCUCUUUCCAUAAACACAAUCUUUAAUUUGUACCAUUUUGUGUGUACUACCACCUUCCAUAACAACAAUCUUUAUUUUGUACCAUGUUGUGUGUACUACCACCUUCGAUAUGAUCCUCUUACAUUAACUUCAGCUAAACAGAAAAUUGAAAAUAAUCAUUUCAAACUGCCCAUUUUUAGUGUUAGAUAUCACUAAAUUUUAUCUAAAUUACAUUUCUUUAAUCAUCAGCCGGGGCCGCAGGCAUAGCUGGCUUGUGUAUUACACCUGAGGAGUUUGUGCAACGUGUUGGAGACUUUGGCAAUUACUGCCCUGUUAGUUUAGCAGAGAAUGGAGAAUUAAUUGAUUGUUCCAUCAAUAACUCACUUGAAUUUGCUGCUGAGUUCAGAGGUAAACACUUCAAAAGAACUUAUUUAAACUGAAAUGUUUUUUUAUCUUAUUAAUGAUUUGCCUUAAGGUAUUCUUUUAAUGUACAGGAAAAUUUUAAACCUUAAUUUUGCUUUUGGUGUAGGCCACUAUUACAAAAUGGCAGGCCAGAAAGAACUUGACAUGUUCCUCUCGGAACCAGAGAAAUAUGUUCCUCCCUUGGCACCAAAUAAACUACCAGAGCCAGAACUGCUUCCCCGUCGAAUUUCAAAAGCAGAGAUGCAGGGAAGAGAAGCCCAGAUUCUUGGUUAUUGUCCAGUUACUUACCUUGAUGGAAAGAUGAGGUCAGAUAUUACCACUAUGUUAUUAAUGGUGUACAUUUUUAAGGGCCCACUUGUAAUUUAAAUAUGAUUUUGAGUGUUUUGAGAAGUUAAACAUUUUUUAUUGAAAAUAUUAUUUAUAAUAAGCAUAUGUUACGCAUUAUCAAUGACAUUAAAUUGAAGAGUGGGGAUGGUUUAGUCUUGUAACAUAGACAAUAAGUUAAUACAACAAGUUAUUACAAUUAAUGACAAUCACCAGAGCAGAAGCAAAAAUGCCAAAAAUGUAUUUUAAUACUUGCUUUGCAAAAAAAAAACAUGAAAGUUUUCAAUAAAACAGGAUUAACAAAAAUAGGGUUACCCGGUAUGUAUAUUCUAUAUUAAACAUAGACCAAAUUUUUUUUUAAAAUAUUGAAAUUUGCAGAUAUGAUGCACUUAUCCCUGGGAGUGAGGAAUUCAUGGCAGAAUACAAGGGCAAUGUGUUCCUUAUGCAAAGUGAAGAAAAACUUUUUAAGUUUAUGAAGUAAGAUUUAUUUAGAUUAUUUAAAUAACUUUGUAAUGAUUAGUGAUUAAAUUAAUUUGUAUAUUACACUUAAAAUAAUUUAACCAUUUAUUUUUGUGUGUAUUAAAAGCAAAGUCACAGAUCACCAUGCUAUACUUUGUAUGUUUUUAGAUUAAUAUCAAGCAAUAAUCAGCUAUUCAUAUGGGUUGAUUUUGAUAUUAGUAAUGCAAUAUGUGCACCAUUGUCAUACAAAUCAGUGAGUAAAUAUAUCACAGGAUGUCAUUUAAGUUAACAACCUUUUCAUUGGAUUUGGGAAUGUACAUAGAAAGUGUGCUUUCCAGAAUGUCACCAAAGAUCAUGUCAAGGAAAAGAUGAACAAAUUGUGAAAGACUCGUUGGAUUAUUUCAUAUAAACCGAAACUUUCAUUCUUUAAUUUACAGAGCAUGGCAAAUAUUCAGAAAAUUAUUUGGAUUGACAGUCAUGUGUGGGGGAAAUGUCAUAUGUGAGGGGAAAUGGGGGGGGGGGGGGUUAGGGGAGCAGAAAUCAAGGGUGCUCAAGGCUCCCCUGGUGAAAGGAGAUGAGUUGUCUGGGCCGGGGGAACCCUCUUUUUUUCUGUACCUUUUUCGUUUUCCACAGGUUAUUUCUAGUGAAUAAAUAAAACAAAUAUAUGUUAACUACACAUGGGCUCAUCGAAAACUUUUAGACAUGUUUGUCUAAAAGGCUGUUAUUCCUUUCUGAAUUCUUCUUGUUUCCUCUUCUCUCAGGUUACCAGAAAAGUAUUCCAAUAUGAAACUUCCUCACAAGCGUCCACCUAAACCAGAAGAGCUCCCAUUUGCCAAUCUUCCAAUGCUGGGUUUCAUGGAACAGACUUGUGCUGUUGCCAUGGUGAAGGCCCUGACAGCAGCUGGCAACGUCAAGCCAAAAUAUCCCUUUAUAUCAUCAACAAGAUCAGCUCUCAUCUACAUUGCCUACCAUCUGAAAGGUUGGUGCACAGUGUUUACAUUUGUUAAUAAUGAUAACUUAAAUUGAAAAAAUGACCUGCACAAAGUUUGUGUAGAAAAUGUUCAAUAUUAAGUGUGCAACAUAUGCUAAGAACUGGAACACAUCAUCAGAAAUGGAAAUAGCUAUAACAUAUAGAAAAUUUAACUAGGAGUGGAUCAUGUUUAAGUCAAUUAAAGGCUUACCCUAACUGCAAGGAAUAAUCUACUCUUAAAAAAGCUGUUCAAAAUGCGCUGGAAAAAAAAUGUGUGUUUUUUUCUGUUAUGUUUCAAUGGAAGGCCUUUGACUGUGACUUUUUAAAAUUUUAUUCUAGCAAAAAAAUGAAGAACCCUACAGCAAAAAGCUUGUGACCACAGCUCUGCUUUAAAUUUGACCAAACUUGCCUUUUUCAAGUUUGUAAAAAAUGUUCCAUGCAGAAGGGUUUUUGGUUUUAUCUCACUGUAUUUUCAUGAUGAAACAUAUAUUCUUAGAGUCAUUGGGAGUCAUAGAAAUGGGGCAACCACAUGAAGUGGGAUGGAAUGGACAAAAAUUUGAUGGAUUUUGGCACGGGUGGGGGGGGUUUUGAGAUGCAUGAUCUUAGUAAAUGUUCUAGGGCAGGGAUUCUUAACCUUUUGCAUCCCCUCACGAUUUCAAAACAUUUCACAAAACCCCCACCCCUAAAUGAAUUAUAUUUGAAAAAUGAAAAUAAUUUAAUAAUUUAAUUUUUGUAGUUUUAUUUCUUUAAUUAACUUGCUAUAUAUAUGAAACAAAAAAAUCACUUUUACAAAUAAUGCACAAACAAAAUUUACAAUAAAAAAACUUUACUGCUGCUAAUCAAAUUGCAUCAAAUUUUUUUUUAAGUUCCAACAACUAGCAAUAACAGCAAAUACAAUUUUCUGGUCCACUGAACCACUUUCACCCCAGGUUAAGAACGACUGGGGAUUGUUUCUGGCAUAAGUGCAGUAAUUCGAUAUCCAUGAGAUUUUAUUUUUGUAUGGUUUGACAAGAAAAGUUUUGUACGGAGUGAUUUUUUUAAAUUUUAAAUUUUAAAAUUUUGUUUUUGGAGUGUGGUGCAAAGGCUUGUGAAAUAAUAUUUGAGGAUGGUGAAAAAACUUUGUGUGAUGAUUUGUGUUGAUGGAGGGGAAGGGAAGGGGAUCAAAAAUUGGCAAAAUUUGAGUGACAUAAUUUAUGGAUGGCCUAACUGUCCUUGCUAAAAAGAAAUAUAUUUGUUCUAGCAAGUACUGAAUUGUAAAAUAAUAGUUAAUUCAUUGUUAUUUCAUUUUUUUUUUAAAUUUAGCAUUCAACCCUAAAUCAUCUCCUUACAUUCGUAAGAAGUAUAAACAGAAGCUGCAACAGUUUGAAGAGACAUGUGAACUCAUAAAAUAUCUUGGAAAUAAUAUGACUGUUCGCUACCGAGAUCCUAAUGAAAGACCUAAAGACUUUGAUAACAAACUUGAAACAUUUUUUGCUCUGAGAGGGGUUGAACCUACACCAACUUGGAUCACAUAGAUUGAGCUUGUGAAAAUAAAGAAGGACUCCAAGUAAAGAAUCUUCACUCCAGACCAUGUACUUGAUUUUCAACUAUGCUAAUUAUUAAAUAUUUAAUAUUGUAUGACGAUUUAUAUACAGAAAUGUACAAAUAUAAUUGAAUAUUUUUUUCUGAAACUUUACAUAAUACUGGCAUAACUGUGAUAAUGUUAAAAUUGUCUUAUAGCCAAAUAGUUUGGCAAAAAUAAAGCUUUUGUUUGAAUUUAAAUAUUAUUUCUCAAUUUAUGGAGUCUGUAUAUAAAUUUACAAAUAAAAACUUUUAUCUUAGAUACUUUUAGUUAAUUUUGAUACAUGUUUAUGCUAAUAUCCUAAUCUGUUUUCAGCGUACAAAACUUGUUUAUUUUUUCUUGUUGAAUUAUUUUUAAAAUAAAUAUUGAGUUUUUUCAUGUUUUCAAAUAUUGAGAUUUUAUUAAUAACAACUCUAACACUGGUUUACAACUAUAUAUUGCAGUGGGAUCAUUAAGCAUUAUUUUCUAAAACUGAAACUAGUGGAAUUAAUUUCCUUCAUACAUUUUUGUGGGAAAUGAGGUACUGUGGACAUUUAAGGGGAACAAAUUUAAUAGUCAUGAAAUGAUUAUAAGAUUAAUGCAACACCUGGUGAUCAAGUUGCAUUAUUAAAAAGGGUUUUCAUUUAAUGUCUUUCAAAUACAAUGCUUUUUUUUUUUUUUUUACAUUCAUACUAUAGACCAG